GUUUUGUAGAGUGCAAGAUCUCAACAAACUUGCUUGUACUUCAGUUUGUUUAUUUUUACGCUGGAUUCCUUCGUAGAUCAGUGUAUAGAAACAGCCUAAAUCACGACAUGACUGUUUGUCGUACCUCUCAAUUUUUGUGGAAUUCCGGAGAUCGGUGAGUUUUUGGACGCGCGCAAAUUCGAAGUUGGACAUCGGAAGAUGGCUCAACACACAAGCUAUCUCCAUAUCGGAGAUAUCGUCUCGCUGUUCGCUGAAGGCACCGUUAAUGGAUUCAUUAGCACACUCGGGUAAAGAAAUGAGAUUAAUUUCAGUUGCAUUUGUGUUUAUUGUUUUUUUUGUCUCGUUCUUUCCAGUUUAAUCGGAGAUGUUCUUUUUUCAGUCUCAUCGAUGAUCGAUGUGUGGUACAGCCAUCGGCUGGUGACCUCAAUAACCCACCGAAAAAAUUUCGCGGUAAGGAACAGUGAUCGUCCGUUUAUAGACACGCUUUGAGCAUAUUUAAAUUUUGAGUAUGAUAGAGUAAGAGGCAAGCUGCCGGUUUGCAAUCUAUUUUUUCAUCGUUAAGCUUAUCCUUUAUUCUUUUUAGACUGCCUGUUCAAGAUUUGUCCGUCGAAUCGCUACUCGGCCCAGAAACAGUUCUGGAAGGCGGCUAAACCAACUACUAGCGCCACAGAUGCAGUUUUGCUGAAAAAACUACAUGUAAGCGUGGGAUGGUUAUAGAUAUUUCACUCAUGUUGUGUUCCGUCUUUUUAAAUUUCUCUUUUAUCUUGGCGAGAGAUUAGCGCAACAAGCUUGACACCAGUAUGCGACCUCAUCAUGAACUUCCUGCAAACUGCACACGAGAUCAUAGAGCUGAACCACUAGGUUAAUGAUCUUUUACGCUUUGUAAAAGCUUAUAAGAUACAUUUUUUCUUUUACGAACAAAAAGCUCAAUUUAAAUAGCAAAGCAUAAAUUUUGCGUGAAAGUGUAUUGAAAUUAUUAUGCCAAUUAGACAUUUUAUACUCUCACUCCUCAGGUGUGUGGCGGUACUAAUAUUUUUUGCCAUUCGGGCUCUUUCAUAUGGUCUUAUCGCAGCCAAUAGAACUAGUGUGGUAUGAUGUUUAUUUGCAAAGUAGUUCUCUAUCAAAGUACAUAUGAAAAACUACCAGAUGUGUACACAAGCGCUGAGAAUAGCCAUUGACGGCUGCUUGGUAUCAGCAGUUGGCGAAUUUAAGGCUUUAUUUUCGACCAAUUUUUCUUUUUCUAGCCAAUUCUUCAGAUUUUUACCGGAAGAAGGAAAUAGCUCGUUUUCCGAGCAUGUAAGUCUUUGUAUUUUUCAAAGGAAAAAUACAAAUCAGACUUGUGUGCGACACUCCAUUGUAUAGUAGAAUCUAAUAAAUUAAUGUUUCUUGAUUUGCAUAAUAGCUUUGUAAGGAAAUCUUCUGUCUGCGGAAAAGUUGACUUUGUUCGUUUUGAUGCAAAUUAAGAAUAAACAACACAAGAAAGCACUAAAAAAGUUAUUUUAUGGGAAAGGCAAUUAUUUUAAGAACAUUACUUGUAAGUCUUUGGUCUCUGAUGGUAUACAACUGUGUCAAAAAAUUAAGUGCAGCUGUUUUACUUAUUCAUUUUUAUUUUUUAUUGUUGUUAUUUACUUUGGUGUAGUAAUCCCCGAUCAUUCAAUAACUGAUCAUGAUGACCUUUUUUAAUUAAAAGAAAAUUUGAAAGCAAAUUCAUCCUCUUAAGCUGUCUUAGGCUUUGUAUCAUCCCUGAAGAUGUUUUCCAUUAACAGGCAACCUUGAAUAAAGUGGCGAAAAGAAUUGACAUAAGAUUUAUAUGGUGCUUAACUGCAUUGUACUCACAUUAGUUUAAUUGGUUCAUGGGCUAUUGUACUGAUCUUAAUUCUGACAAAAUUAAAUCUUAAUAUUGCCUUACAACUUUAAAGGGAUAGUUGAUUCAAAUGCUUCUUGCAUUGAUUGAUUGCAUUGACUCACCUCAUGUUUAUUGUAUAAUCCUUCACUUUCCAAGAGAAAGUGAACCAGAAAAUUGAAGUUGCCGAUUUUUUUGCCUAUCACAUAAGUGUUAAGAUGCAAUAAUAUAUUAUAAUUUUUAAUGUCAACCUGUUCAUGGCCUCUAUUUGUACAAUAUUUAUCUAAACCACUAGAUCUAUAACUCUGUAAGCACAUAAUUGAUUAUCCAUCAUCUUUAAUGGAAGAGAGAAGAAUGUUUCCUUAAAGCUGCUUUAAAGAAUGAGCUAGGGGAGAAAUAACUAUGAAUUGAGGCUGGAUUGGUUGUUGAAUGCCCAGCAACUUAUUUUCACAUCACUGAAUAUGAAUGGAUAUAUUACUGUUUUCAUGUAAUUUAUGUUUUACUUAACAAGUUGCAGGUUUUGCUAAAAUUGCCCAAAAACUUUUGCUGUUGUAAAGACACACCUAAAAGUUUACUGAGAGAACUUAAAGAAUUCACUGUUCCUUUUCUCUUGUCGUGAAGAGGAAGUGAUAAAAAGGAGUUUUUUUGUAAAAUGUUUUUAGUACAGCAGUUGAACAUACGGCAGACAAUUUUAGUUGAUUUACUGGGAGGAUACCUUUCUUUUGGAGACAGAUAAACAUGGUCCUGAACUGAAUGAAUUUAAGUCAAAGUCUUACCCCUUCACUCCCAAAAGUGGCAAAGUCAAAAUUUGUCAGCAUUUCCAAAUUCCAUUUUGCAAAACACUGAAAAACAAAUUGCACAAUGUGAAAGUACUGUUAAAGAGGAUUCAUUUGAAUGGUCAAACCAUAAGAUUUCGUCAACAGAAUCAAAAGUUAGAACCACCUUACAAUUUAAAGAUGCCAUCAUUCACUCUGCUAGGUGUCAAAUGUGGAAGAUCUUGUGUUUUUGGAGUGAAGUCGUAUCAGCGUGCGAAGAAAGUGGUGUCCGACAGCCCAGGGCUAGUGGAUUUUGCUAUUGAGCUAGUGAAUUCUGUUUUCAACUUGCCCGACGGGCAAGAUCUUUUUUGAGGAAUUCGAAUAACAGAAGAACUGUGAGAUCAAUUCUGCUCUUCAAAAAGCUUUUGGGCUAGUUGAAAUGACCUCUGGGCUAGUAAAUGUUAGCUUCAGCUUGCCCAAAUGGCAAGCUGUAAAAAUGAUUUUCUUUGCAACCUGCGUUUCCAGCUUUUCAAGCGGGUAAAUAAUAUUGAGUUAUGCCCUUUUAGGUAGAUCUUGUAAGAACAGAAAAGUCUGUAAGUUACAUGUAAGGGAAAGUUUUCUUUAAUUAAGUAAAAAAAAAUGCUAUGCUUGGUAGUUUCUCCAAAUUUUCCUACAUGUACUCUUGGAUGUUCUAUAUCCACCACAAUUUUGAACGUGUUUUAGCAGCCAAUCCAUGGCCUAUGCUUCAGCUUUAAUUCCGUCCUGUAAUUUUUGGAUUGUUUUCUUCUAAAGUUUUGAAGAUUAAAAGCUAUACUCAUUGAACAUUAAGUUUGGAAACUGCCAAACUGAAUGGCAUAACCAUUUAAAAACAAGUCAGUAUCAUCUGGUUAACUUUUAUGUGUAGGUUUUAGCUAGGAAACUAGUUCCAUGAUAUGCUACUAUCAUACUGCUAGCAAAAUACUGGCCUCUCCUUAAUCGUGAUGUGAGGUAAAUCAAAGCAUAUCCAUUUAUAAAAUUAACAUAAAAAUAUUGUCUGUUACCUUUACAAAUUUUGUUUUAGUUGGCUUUAAGCUGAAAAUUAUUUAAGAUUGAUUCUAAAUCACACUUGGACAUAUUUGUGUUUUCAGAACAUGGAUUGUUUGCAUGCCUUUUUACUUGAUUAUUAUAAGAACUUUUGCACUUUAUCAGAAUGCAGCAAUAGGGCCAGUUAUACGAGGAAAAAUAAGAUGCGUCUUACAUAGGACGCGUCUUAAAUAAGACGCGAACUUUCCGUAUAAAUGGCACAUUUCAUCUAAAAUAAGACGUGGCUUAGCUUAAGACGCAUCUUAUCUAAGAACAGGUGUUAAGGGCUGUUCUAAAAUAAGACGAGAUAGAUAAGACGUGUCUUAGCCCCGUAUAAGUGGCCCUAAUGUUUUACCAUUUGCUCUUCAUUUUUUUAAAUACUUUUUAGCAUGCAGCAGAGUUGGAGAAGAAGCAGAAUGAUUCUGAGUACAAAAAAUGUUUAGGAAGUGUCGUGGAAUAUGGGGGAGUGAUUCAGGUAAUGUAAAAUUUAUUACUUUAUGAAUCCUCCAAUAAAUUAUUAAAAAGAAUUGAAAAUAUUUUAAAGACUUUUGUGUCUGUAAUCAAACAAAGGUGCCCUUUGUGCAAUGGCCUUCUCGUAUUAUUAUAAUUACAUUAAAGUAUGUGUAAGUCAUGAUAUUUUUGUUGUUAGCUUCUUCAUGUGAAGAGUAACAAGUUUCUGACUGUUAACAAGCGGCUUCCAGCACUGAGAGAAAAGAACGCCAUGAGAGUUACCUUGGAUACAAAUGGAAAUGAGGUAGUUUGUCACAAGCAAUUAAACUUUUCUUUCCUUUAGAGUUCUACUUAGGGACACAGUCAGCUGAUGCACAUGCGCAUUAAAUACCAUUUCUUAGCUGAUUUGCAUGUCACAAGACGCGCAUGAAACAAAAGCGUCUCCGGAAACACUCUAAACAAACCUUGUAGAGUAUACUAGUUACAGGCCGAAAUCGUGAUUAUAGGCCUCAAGCCACAUCAGAGCACUCAUUUUUUAUAUACCAGUGAGAAUUCACCAAUGGAUUUUUCCAGGGAAGCCAAAAAUCGACGAAUACUUCCUAAUUCGAACAUCAGUACGGGUGAGAAAUUGCACGAAGUCUGAGUGAUUGUACUGUGUGGAAGGUUCACCGUUGAGGACGCUUGAUUUUCCAAAUACAUGUAACAUUUUCCAUCCAUUUUCCAAAUAUAUAUAACGAUUAUUUGCUCAUCAGUGUUACUGAUUCAUUGCUCUUGUUAUUUUGGUAAAAAAGGCGAUUUCUCCCGCCCGGCGCCUACGCGUUUCUCACCACUUUUGUUCAUGUUCCUUUGAACACUGUUUUUAAGUAAAGUAAAGUAAGACUUCAUUUACACAGGGUAGCCCAUUCAGAUCUAAGGCUGGUCUCCAUAGGGGUCCUGUAUCUUAAAAAUUUAAUUUACAAAUAUGAUAACCAAAAUAAUCAAAUAUGAUAAAAUAAUGUAAUCGGAUGUGCAUAAAGGUAGCUCAAAAAGAGAUUUUCAGUAAAAGAUCGAGGAUCGAAUGAAACACUAGGUAUGAUUGAAGCGGAUUUCUAGAUGUAUCGGAUGCGUAUAUUUGAUUUCAGGUUGAGGGAAACACUUUUCAAACUGGCAAACGUAGUGUCCAUGCCAGCGCCGUCCCAUAGCUGACUGUGUCCCUUUAAAAUCAUUGUUUUUAUUUGAAAGCUAGCACCCUAGGAUUUUGUCCAAAGAUGCAAAAGUUAACUUGGCAGGUUAUAGAUCUUGAUCACCGUAACUCAGUCCAGCAAGGAGUGGUUAAUAAUAAUAAUAAUAAUAAUAAUAAUAAUAAUAAUAAUAAUAAUAAAAUUCUUCAGCCCAAGGUUUUCUUUUUACUCAAGUGCAUCUUACUCUUGUACAAAUUAGUGAUAAAUUAAUUGCUCAGCUUUAUCUUCAUAGGAUGGCAUCCAUUCGAUUUCUUUUUGAGUUGCUUGCAUUAUCAUUAUGUUGCAGUCUGACUGGCUGGUUGUUCUUUGGAUAAUGUGUAUUGCAAUGAUGAAAACUGUUCCUCAGUCAGUGUGCAAUAUAUAUGUUGUAGUUAAUUUUUCAUCUCAGGUAAUUUUUGUUUUUCUUUUGUUUUUGGGUAUGGUAAUGUAUGCUAAUGAAGUUGAAACAAAGGAAAAAUGAAAAUUACCUGAGAUAAAGAAUUAACUACAACAUAUAUUUUAUAGUGACAUGUGGCUUUAACUGUACCUUUGAUUUAUUGUGGAUGAGUUUGUCGUGAGCGAUGUUGUUCCAGCACAAAGGGAAACCCCCUUUAGACUGUGGUCUCCAGUUAAAGAAAAGAUUGUUGUUUAUUUUCAAGUGUAAUUUAUUUUGAUACUUUUUUGUCUCUUAGGGAUCUUGGUUUUAUGUUGUUCCAUUCUACAAGCUUAGGUCAUCAGGAGAUACGGUCAGUGAUCCUUUAGUUAAUCUAAUAUUAUUAGUUGUGAGAGUCAUUUAUUUUGUAACAGAAGAUUCAUGACUGUAAUAUCAUGUUAAUAUUAAUUUGCACUGAAACUUUGUCACAAAAUGUUUGGUCACAUGAAAAUACUUGUAGUGAUGUAUUACUUCUGAAAUCUGCCAUUUGCAACAUUCGAAAAAGACUUGCUGUGGUUGUGAGAUGAUUAUUAUUGCUUUAUCUUUCUAAUAUCAGUCACAUUUCAUUCCCAAAGGUUUAUUUUGGUCCAUUGCAUCAGAGAAACCAAUCUCCACCCAGUCUAUCCCCACAUCACAGGCAUCACUAUAAUUCAGACACUUGAAUUUAAUUUCUUGUGUUUUCGUGUUAAGGAUCCAAAUUUGAUUGUAUUUUUGUUUUCAUCGCAUAUUUUCAACUUGACUUUUUACAGGUUGUUAUUGGUGACAAAGUUAUCCUAAAUCCAGUGAAUGCAGGACAGCCUCUGCAUGCGAGUAACCAAGAGCUUAUCGACAACCCAGGCUGCAAAGAGGUUUGACACAUUAUUUUGCAUGCUUGCACUCGGAUUUUUUAGUUUCUUCAGAUUAUAUUGAUUCAUUGCUUUAAUUUGAUUAAUAUUAGCUAAAAUAUGAUUGGGAAGAUCUCUAUGGUUGUUGACAAGUUGGGCUAACUGUUAAUGCCCGUACAGAUCAGACAAGUACAAUAAAUAUUAUUGUACUUGUGAAAUAGAACAAUCAGAUCUACAUUAAAAUGAAUGAAUACUUGAUAGCUGAGCCAGAGAUUGUAUCAAAGUUGUCAUUAAUUCUAAGUUGUUUGAUAAUUUCAUCAAACCAUUUGAUAUGAAUCAGGCAUUACAGAGUAUAUGUAUGUGUGUCUCAAAUACUACCUAAUGAGUUUGAAUGGUCAUAACUUUCAAUUGAUGAAUAAUGAAUUUAAUUAAUUUUACAAGUAUCAAUGAAUGCAAUUUUUUCAAAUUCUUUCACGAUUUUCUUUGAUGAAAAAUAAUGAACAAAUGUUCAACUGUCAAUGCUGGAGUUAAUUCUAUUUUUCUGUAAUUUAUUUAAUUUUUCCUUGAAAGGUCAAUGCUGUCAACUGUAACACCAGCUGGAAAAUCUCUCUCUUCCUUGCAUAUGAGGACAACAGUGAAGAAGUCUUGAAAGGGGUGAGUGCUUCUGACAGUUAAUUCAUAAAAAAAAAUUGCCAUCCAUGUAAGUGAAUUUUUUUUAUAUAUGUUGUACAAGAAUUUCUCAUACCCCCUGCUCCUUUCCUAUACUGUCUGUUUCCUCCUAUAGUCAGCUACUCUCUCUAAGACGGACACCUUUGGAGCAGGUAGCAACUGUCCCUUUAAGAGUGAUGUCCAUCUUUUGGAGAGUCAAAUAAAGGGAGUAACUAAGGCAGGGACCAACCAUAGGUGUCCAGUUUUACUAAGGUGUCUGUGUUAUAGAGGUGUUCGUAAAGAGAGAGUCGACUGUAGUCACAUCCAAAUUACAGAAAAAUAUUUUUGGUUUAAUAGGGAGAGUGAAAUGGUAAAUGCUUAUCAAAAGGUAACUGGUUGUGGGAAUUUUUUACCCUAAUUCAGGGUGAUGUUGUAAGGCUGUUUCAUGCGGAGCAGGAGAAGUUUCUGACUUGCGAUGACUACAAGAAAAAGUCGUAUGUUUUCCUGAGAACAACUGCUCGACAGACCGCCACUUCUGCAACAAGCUCCAAGGCAUUGUGGGAAGUAGAGGUAAUGAAAACUGUCUAAGUCUUAUUUUUACCUUUAACAGAUGUUUUUUUUAUUGGCAUUUCUGCUUAAGUAAGGAAUCCACAGUAAGAGAAGCCCAGGGCUCAAAAUAAUAUUUGGAUGUGGCUGGACACCAUGACAGGCCAAAGAAUUUUGUGUUUUGUCAAGUCUUAUUUCUAAACGGUCAAAAUAUAGGGGAAAAAGUUAACUAAACCUCGUAUCAUUUUCCAUUUGUAAACAUGAUUGUAAGGAAAAAUCCAAGAUUUGCAGAUGUGAAUUUGGCUGUUUGUUCAAGGGUGAGAGUGUAUGCCACCCGUAAACAUGAUGGCCUGUGUGUGAAUUGUUUGGCCAAUCAAGUCACCAUUCUGGCCAGAUAAUGUCCAUUCAGUUCACUGGCUGUUGUUUUGAGCUCUGGGGGCCUAUUUAUUAAACAAUGUUUUCAACAAUUUUUUCUUAUGGUCAGGUUGUCAGUGCCUUAUCAAGACCUCUAAGUGAAGGGAAAGCUCAUGGCCAACUUUUCUUGGUGUCUUGCGACUGUCGUGUCUUGCAAUUUACCUUGUUUGAUGUGUAUAUCUCACUGAUUUUCAUCUGGGUGGUAUUUGCCUUCUUCCUAAAUUAAUAACAGCAUGAAGCAGUAUUAUUUUUCAACAAGAAAUGUUGAUCUUUUGGUAGGUUGUUCAACAUGAUCCUUGUCGUGGUGGAGCUGGACACUGGAAUGGCUUAUUUAGAUUCAAACAUCUUGCCACAGGAGAUUACUUGGCAGCAGAGGUGACGUCAAGUUCAAGUUAUUUACUGUCACUAUAGUAGAUCUUUACCCUUUAAUGAUGGAAUGUUGUUAAUCACUACUCAUAAUUCAUCAGGACUGAGAUACCUAUAUCCAUGGAGAUUUCAUUGGAAGUUGGGCAUCAUUGUUGUUGAAAAGUGUGGUCAAGAUUUUCAAUUCCAAAGAGUCCCUAAAAUCACACUUAAAGAAAAGUCCUAACUCCACUUUCUAAAGUAAUUUAAAAGCCAAUACUACUAGCCUGCGAGCAAGCUCUCCCGGGCACUCUGGCAGCGAGGCGGGAGAAGGAAGGAGCUGUCAGAUUUCUGCCAAUCAGCGCAAAGUGGAAACCAGCACGAAUUUAAACAAACAUUGAAAAACACGUGUAGAGGGUAAUGCAUUAAGCAUUUCGCAUCGACUUUUUCCAUGAAGAUAUUGAAAUUCCAGAGACAUAGUUGCAAGCUCUCCUUCCUUUUCCUGCCCGGCCACCAAAGCGCCCCAGAAAGCUUGCUCACAGACUACAAUAGUACUUAUACAUUCCAUAUUUCUUGAUUUGAUUAUCUUCAAAUUUCCAGCAGUGAGUUCAUGAGAAUUAUUUAAGGAUAUAAUCACCCAGAAUAAGUUCUCAUGAUAUUUUGGCAAUUAAUUUCCCCCCAAUAUUUCUAUUCUCUGGGCCAGGAAGGGAGAAUUUGUAUUUUUAUAUUAGGGGUUAAAGGAUUGAACAGAUUUGAAAUAUCCAAAACAUUGCUUGCCAGUGUUACUUGACUUUGUUACCUGCUUAUUAUUAUUACAAGCACACACAGUAAAGUCAAUUUAUCUGAAUUUAAUGUUGAUCUCUGCAGGCUGAUGAUGACCCCACCAAAGACACAACCAGACAGAAACUCAAAGGGAAUGGUGCUGUGUAUCAUCUUGUGUCUGUUCCUCAUGGGAAUGACGUGGCCUCCAUCUUUGAGCUUGAUCCUACCACACUGACAAGACCAGACUCUGUAGUACCAAGGUAAUCAAUUAUUAAUAUUAAUAUUAUUAUUACUAUUAUUAUCAUCAUCAUCAUCAUCAUCAUCAUCAUCAUCAUCAUCAUCAUCAUCAUCAUCAUCAUCGUUGUUAUUAUUAUUAUCAUUAUUGUUGUUUUUGUUGUUUAUUUUGUAUAAAAAUAAAUUCAGGGGGUAUAACUUUAAGUGUUUAUUAUGGUACACAAUCCAGGGCUGCAAAUAAUUUCCAGGAUGGCUCUGGUCAAGUUGUCUGUGACCAGACAAAGGUCAGUUACGUUAUACAGUAUCUCUACUGUUUUAAGAUCUGAAGUUCGGAAUUACAUUUCCAUGAGAAGAGUAAAUGACCAGACCAAAUAUCUGCUCAUCCAUGAAUUUGAAAGAUAAAGCCUGUUUUUACUGGACGUUGACUGGCUGUUGUUUCAAGCCCUGCAAUCAUCAAUUUUCUAGGCUUAUAAGAACAUGGCAUGCCAUCUAGCAAUAUUUCAGAUUUGGGCAGCAUUGCAAAAUGGAUGUCUGCAUGCUUGAAACUUGUAUGAAAUCUCCCUCCCUAAUGUUGGUUUUUACUCAUCCCCAUCAUUUUCUGUGUCAUUUCAGAUCCUCCUAUGUUCGCCUCAGACAUCUUUGUACAAAUACGUGGGUUCAUUCCACUUCAAUUCCUAUUGACAAGACUGAAGAACGACCUGUCAUGCUAAAGGUAUGUACAGUAUCCUGAUGGGUUAGUUCUUCCCUUGAUGGAAUAUCAUUUUGAAGCUGAAGACUGCCAUAGAUACUGUAAAUCCUCACUUAAGCCCCCCCUGUAAUACCGCCCCCUUUUUACAGGGGAAGACAGUUAUUAAGCCCCCCUCUCUGGUAACCCCAGCCCCCCUUUUCAGGGGAAGACAGUUAUUAAGCCCCCCCUCUCUUUUAAACCCCCUUCUCUUCCCCUUUUAAUAUUCUUGACUUAAUGUAUGCCUGAGGUUUGUUUGGCCUCAAGUUUGUAAGGCAGGUGACUAUUUUGAGCUACCGACACAAAAUAAGGACUCGUUACCUUUCCCUUUUUUUAUCUAUAAAGACAACCUCUUUCAAGCCCUCCUUUGCUAUCAAUAUGUUUUCAGAUUGGUACAGCGAGUAUCAAAGAAGACAAAGAAGCCUUUGCUAUUGUGCCUGUUCCUCCAGCAGAAGUCAGAGAUUUGGAUUUUGCUAAUGAUGCCAGUAAAGUAUUGGCUUCCUUUGCCAACAAGAUGGAAACUGGAAGCUACACUCAGCAUGAAAGACGGUACGAAAAUUUUGUUGCUCCAGCGAGUAUCUGUACUUUUUUUUCCCCACCCUUACUAGCUGGAAACUGGGUUAAAUUCCAAUUAAAUGAACCACUUUCCCACACUCUUGGUAUUUUCUUUUUCAUUUCUCCUGCUGGGUAUGGACAGUUCCUAGAAACCUGUCUACCCCAUUCUUUUAACACAGAUAUUCUUCAUUCUUCUCGUAAGUGGUUUCAUUUUUUAUCUUUUGUAUUGAAUGGUUGGCAAAUCUGAGACUUAAACACAGUUAGGCUCAAUUUCCGAAGCUGUCUUAUGUGCAGUCUUCGUCGGAAAGGAGGGAUGCAGGUUUACUUCCCGAUUCGCAGCUGGUAAUGUAACCUUAAAGAAGGUGCCAUUUCUGGCCUCAGUAGUACUACAGUGUACUGCUAUAGGUUUAAUAGCUUUGAGAAAUUAAUAGUAAAAAUUUUAAGAUUGGUGAAGUUCCAUAUUUCUUUGAUCUGCUUUAUUCCAUCAGGGUUCAAAGCCUAGUACGUCAUUAACUGCCGCUAAUCGAGGGUAACGUUAAUUUGUGUUUCAGGUUUGCAACACAGCUGUUGACAGACCUCGUCUACUUUGUGACCGAGCAUGACACAGGGCGUGAAGAUGUCCUGAAUAUUUCUGUACAAAAUCCCAACAGAGAUCGGCAAAAACUGAUGAGGGAACAGUAUAUUUUGAAAGAGGUUACUUUUUUAUUCACUCCAUUUUCAUAUACUCUAAUCGCAAAUGCAUUUUUUAACAAACUUUCGGACAAAAUUUUAUCACUUAAAUAACUUAUCCACAGAUAAGUCCGUGCUCGUUCUGGUCCUCAAAUCUAAAGCUGUCUAAUGUGUCUCAUCUUCUUCACCCUUCUUACGCGUCCAGGUAUUCCAUCUUUUGAAAGCACCUUUCACUGAUAAGGGAUCAGGUCCUAUAAUGAGGAUAGAGGAGCUGUCAGACCCCAGACACGCCCCACUUAGACACAUCUUCAGAUUAUGUUACAGAGUCUUACGGCACUCACAGCAGACGUAUCGGAAAAACCAGGUAAAAUCCAGAACUGUUUAGUGUAGAAUACCAGGGGCGUAGCGAGCCCAUAGACUUUUAUACCCGGGCUUACAAAUUUUUGGUUUGGUCACACUACUGCUUGUAAUGAAUAAUGCGUUGUUGGGGGGAGCUAAAAAGCUUAAGAGCUCAAAGUCAUGCGUGCAAUUUUCAGGAUAUGUGGAAAUGAAAGUCAGCCAGGCCUACAACUACUCGGAAUACCUUUUGACUAUGCCAUCCAAUAACCUCCAAACUACGGGGUUAAAAACCCAGUUCCAUUUUGCGUCUUGCCUUGUCUUCAAUCGCAAUUCAAACAUCGCAUCCUCAACGGAGAGAAACUGGAUUAAUGAUAUUUCUGUUUCGUGACCAUUAUUUAUUGAACGUUUCAUGUGUAGGAUGCUAUGAAAAUUCCUCCAGUGAAAAGUAAACUGUUUGUUUAUAUUUGGACCUAAGCAAAUAGCGUCUCAUUGAAAAGCUAACGAUACUAAGAGUUACUUUUACCAAAAAGAAUUUCAAGUUUGUGUCACACAUAUAUCCCCGGUGAGAUGCAUCGCGUUUGUUGUGCCGAAGUGCUCAUUUAUACUCGCCUCCCACGUAUACCUUCUUAGCAUUCUUCUUGGAAGGUUAGAGUCAAAUACGGAUAACCAAGGUUCUCUCCUAACAUGAUCAAAUAUUUUGAGUUCUCGGUUAAUGCACGUUCCUGCCUUCAACUUGUUAACAAUGAUUUGUUUUUACAGGAGUACAUUGCAAAACAGUUUGGCUUCAUGCAGGCUCAAAUAGGCUACGACAUUCUCGCUGAAGAUACCAUCACUGAUCUGGUUCAUAAUAACAGAAAGUUGUUAGAGAAACACAUCACUCGCACAGAGAUUGAGACAUUUGUAAAUUUAGUUCGCAAAAAGAAGGAAUGCAGGUAAGAGCAAUAGUUCUUUUUCAUGAUUUGUAAACGUCUUCUCUUCUACAUUUUUGGUGUAGACAGUACCUUAUUGGCACUUUUGGCGAGAAAGUAUUUUGCGGGGUUUUAUUUUCGUGAUUUUAACAAGUAAACAUGGAAAAAGGGCACUAAAUUUCGCGAUUAAAGUGUUCCCACCUUCAUUUUCUUUUUUAAAAAAAUCUGAAUUUUUAAGAAAAUGAGAUAAACUGAAACAAGCAAUGUGUGAAAUCUUUGCAAACUCACGUUAUUUCACAACGGAAGAUACAAAAUGGAGCUUACCAGACUACCAGUAAAACUAGAAAGUAAUUUGUGUUUGUCGAUACAUAUCGUCUCUAUUACUUGUCAAUUGUUAUUUGCAUUUUCUAUAUGGGUAUUAAAUUUCGCGAGGAUCUAUUUUCGCGGGUCUUACCAGUACCAGUAAGGUAAGAAUAGGCUCUAGUUUAGUCUCUCCUAGUUCAGAAAUCGAACUUGUCGGCUGGUUUGUACGCGCGACACAAACCCACGAGAAGGAACCUGGAACGAGUUAACUUUUGCAAAGACGUCUGGGACUGUUUCCAGGGACUGGGAAAAAAUUGGCGAAUAGCAGACUGGCGUUCUCAGUAACGAUCCCAGGAACACUCGCGGGAUACAUUUCGGUUCCAGUUCCCUUCUCGCUUCUAAAGAGGAAAAUUGGUAUACUAGAGCUCUACAGUUAUGAAGCACGAAUUGAUAUUCUUAUUGCAUUUUGCUCUUAGGUUUCUUGACUACCUGUCUGAUUUGUGUGUGUCCAAUAACACAGCCAUCCCUGCUACACAGGAGCUGAUAUGUAAGACAGUGUUGUACUCCAGCAAUUCAGACUUGCUAAUCGAGACCAGGUUUGUUGAAAACUUACGAACAGUGACGUUUGCUGCCCUCUAAUCAUAUAACUCUACCUUUUAAAGGUAAGAACAUUACAGGGCAAAGCCCAGCUUUGAAUGGGACAUUCUCACGAGAAUGGUUUUCAUCUAAGUGUGACCAACAUCAAGUUUCUCCUUACAAUAAUAUCAAUUCAUAAUCAGGAGGAAGGGUUAUGAGAAUCAAUAAAAAUGAUCACCACAACUGGCUGCUUUUUCGUUUGCGGAACUCAGUAUGCAUUCACUUAGCAAUUCAGCUAUGUUGUACUUUUCUAAGUUGCACUGUCUUCUGGUUACAACAUAAGGUGUUUUUAAGUCAUGACGUAUACUUACGGUUGGCCUUUUUCUGUUGCAGAAUAAUUGAAGGAGAAGUAUUCCUAGCCUGGGAUGGCGGAGAGAAGUUAAAGGCGCAGAAAGAUCUGGCCAAGGGAGCUAAACUUGGUGUCAAGGAUGACAUCAAGAUUCUGGACUAUUACAGGUAGAUUUCUUUUGUGACAACAUGACCGUGACAUAGCUCUUAUCGAAAUUUUAUUGGAAUCAGUAGAUGAGUCAGAUUUUGUUCCCGGUAGAGAUACUAGAGAGCUUUAGAUUCUAAGACAAGGACGACUGCGAGAACGGAAUUUUUCCAAUACUAAGUAGUGCGCGCGCGAACCAACGUCAUUUUGGCGGGGAAACGUGAUAGCCGUCGUCAUUAGGGACCAGGGCGGAUAAACGGUACGAGUUUGAUGCAGUGAACUGGGACUCUGCUUAGAAAUGCCGUUGUUUUCGACUUCGGUCAGGGCUUGCGAUGUGGAAAACUGCCGCUGUCACUGAAUUUACUUCUUCCUCGUUCCUAUGUGCUGGUACGCUGUCAAAUUUUUGAUUUAAUUGGAGUAGACAAACAUCUCUUUCAAAGGGUUUCUCUUAUUACUUCCAUGACUCUACCACUGAAUUAAUUUUCGUUUUAUCAGUGCUGUCUAAAACACGAAGGAAAAUCUCAUCCAUGUCAUCCAUGGCAAAACUAAAAGACAACAGAUCGUGGUUUUUGACGUGUAUUUUAGAAAUGCCUAAUUUCAAUCACCAUCAUCCUUCUUUUUAAUUUUGAAAAACAAACGUCUUUCUGUUCCUUCGGAACUUCAAAAUUAGUUUCCCCUCUGUUUUUACGGUUUACUUUGUUUUGGUAGAGACAAAACCUUACAACUAACCUCAAUAAAAAAGUUGCCGAACGAAUUGAGAAUCGCCAUGGCGCGUUGCACCCGAGAAGCAAAGUUUGGGUGUCAAAAUAUAUUUUAAUUUUUUGUUAUGUUGUAUAAAAUUUGUCCCCCUUUAACAUAUGUAAAAAUGGGUUAAGAAAAGCUUUUGCAAACGAAACGGCGAAAACGAUUAAAUUUAUCGUAUUCGAACUUUCAAAUUAAACUCCUCUAUUUUCUGAUCAACAAGUUUGACUUAUAGGCAUACAGACACAAACAUAUGAAACUGUUUAUUGAUACUGUUAUGAAAGAAUUAAUCUAUUUAACAUUGUAGCCUGAAAUUACAGAAAGAAAAUAGGAUUUCGGUUUAGAAAAUUUCGUCGACUUAGCACCGGAACGGGACUCGUGGUCCGCAUCACACAUUAAAUGAAGAAGCGCUCGUUUCACGAUUUAUCCGCCCUGUUAAACGUCCGAAUGGAAACGUUGAAAAACAGACUUCGCAUCGUUGCCCUGUGACUUAAAAGAAAGAUUUUGUUCUGAAGAGAACGUUCAAGUUCGGACAGAGAUGGUAGAAUUUAUCGCCUUACCGUUCCCGUUCCCAAGUAAACUUAAAAUUUGGUCAUUUCACGUCGUAGUUGUGCACUGAAGGCAAAGAAAUGUACAAAAAAAGCGUGAUGCACAUGCAGAGUUAAUUGUUGUUUUGCUCAUUAAGCCAAUUGUUCUUUUGACGGUCCCGUUGUCGUCGUCGUCGUGGUUUUGUAAGGUCUCAGGGACCUUACGUGGUUGACAUUUUCAUCCAUAAGAAUUAUUUGGGACAGUUUCUAUUCACGCAUUUUCAAAUUUCAGAAUUUUUCCCCUUGAAUCUCACUUUUCUGCGCGCCGUAAAUGUGAUUCUUCAUAGUUCUAGAUUACAUACCACAGAGACCCUGACUGUCUAAGCAUGGAAUAAUUACAGUGGUAUUUUGGUGUCCGUUUCAGAUACCAGCUUAACCUGUUUUCACGGAUGUGCCUAGAUAGACAGUACCUUGCUAUCAACAGCAUCAGCAAACAGCUUGACGUUGAUCUUAUACUCAGGUUUGUACAACUAACAAGUAGUAUUUACGUAAAAAAGGUUUGUUUACAGUGAGUGUGCAGUCAUCUUCAUUAAAUUAGCGAGGUCCUGUUGGCUUGUUAGCUCAAUUGGUAGAGCGCUGCACCAGUGUCGCAGAGGUCAAGGUUUUGAAUCCCGUACAGUGUAGUGGUACAUUAGCUCGUCUUGUAGUUACUGUAUCUACUCGAAAGAGCGCCUGGAAAACGCGCAAUGCGAAGUGUAGAAAACGAAGAGUACGUAGUGUGGAAAAUGAGGAGUGCGGAGUAUGAAAGAUUCGGAGUGUGGAAGACGUGUGAAAAAUGCCGAGUGUGAAGUGUGCAGCAGUUUACAUUCACAUAAUUAUGUGUUAUUCUUGGCUUAUGCAGGUGUAUGGCCGACAAGGAGUUGUCAUGUGACCUGCGAGCGGCAUUCUGUCGUCUGAUGCUUCACAUGCAUAUUGAUCGUGAUCCACAAGAACCAGUAACUCCUGUUAAGUACGCCAGACUAUGGUCAGAGAUACCCACAGAGAUGAGUAUUGAAAUGUAGGUAUAUAGCAACUCAGACCUGAAACCUGUUCUUCAGCUAUUUCGCGCGUAGGAGUCUAGAAGAGUGUUUAAUACCUUAUGUGGUCACUCAACUAACCAGACACUUAAAAAAAGUUCAAACAUUUUUUAAUCGGACCCCUAUUGAAGAGUUUAUAUGUUUUUUAAGUGUUAAGAGCACUCCCAUAUUUUCAAUUCCCCGCGUAGUGUUUUUUAUGCUUUGGUAACGGAAAGCUUAAAAACAUUGCCUGUGUUUAGAGGUAUAUUUUCCCGGACUUUUUCUUACUGCCUUCAGCUACUUGUCCGUUGUAAUGCGCCGUUUUAGACGCCGUCGCUUAUGUAAUUCCUUUCUCUCUGACAUUUCUAGCAUAAACUGUGACUUUCAAAUAAAAGUUGAGUUUACCAACGUACCUUGAAACUUCACAAAUAGGACGACAACUUGUAAUUUUACUUGAAACUACGGAUGUUUAAUCCUGCAGUUGCCUGUUAACUGUUCACAGGUACGAUCAACACUUGUCAGUCGGAGAGGAAAGAGAAGAGAUCAGAACAAGAUUUUCAGGAGUGAUCUCAUUUGUGGAGAACUACUUGCAAAACAUCAGCAGCAACAUUUGGUCUUUCAGUGAUAAAGAACAGAAUAAGCUCACUUUUGAGGUAACGCACGAUACUUUGGUUCCUGUAGUUUACUUUGAAGGGAGUACAUUCUAACGUUUGCCUUAAUGUUUGUUUUUAGGUUGUACAGAUCGCCAGAAAUCUCAUCUACUUUGGUUUUUAUGGCUUCAGUGAACUUUUACGGCUGACACAAACGGUGUUGUCAAUAGUUGACUGCGAGCAACGAGCUCACGGAGGAGUAAGGACGACUGGAAAACAAAGUGAGACGACACACAUUCAUCCGUUUUGUCAUUUCAGUAUUUCCUUUUCCUGUUUCUUCUCGUAUGGCUAAAACUGACUUUCUUAGUUAUCAGAAUUUCAUUAUAGGACUACGCGAUUGCUAAUGCCUGGUCCACUAAACAGCAGGCCGUGAGCGUGACCACAAAAAGUGGAGCUAAAAAUUAACUAGUAAUAUUAUGCUUUCUUUACAUAGCUCUCCUUGUCAGGCGGUAUUGUUGUCCCUUCGUCUUUUCGUGUAUAAGAUAGACUGCGCUCCGUAAAGCGGUAAAUCGUAGCCAAGAACAAUAUUCUCUUAAUUGCUAUUAGUAUAAGGUCAUGGAGGUAUCGUUCUUUUGGUUAUACAGUAUGUUAGCAUCCCGUGUGAAGAACCCUUCGCUCAUUCAUUACAAGGGGGCUUGCGUACAAUCUGCCCUGGUCCUAAAAGUUUCGAGCCCUUUUCUUAAGCAUAGUAAAUUAAUUUUUUACUUGAUCGAUGUGAUGUAGAAGAGGGUUAGAUAUCGUUAGACGUUGAUUUGAUCAAUCAUACUUUCAGUUGUAAAUGGAGGAGAGAAGAUCAAUGUGAUGAGAAGUAUUCACAAUCUCGGUGCGAUCAUGACACGCAUGGCAUUAGGGGGAAGUCAGGAUCCCUGGGGGCUCUCACAGCAACCUGAGGGAAGUCCCAAGCAGGAGACGGAAGUUGACCACGUUGUCAUGGAAACAAAGGCGAAGAUCAUAGAAAUCCUGGAAUUCAUUAUGAACGUGAGACUUGAUUAUCGCAUUUCCAGUCUCCUGACGAUCUUCAAGAGGGAUUUUGACGAGAGCAACGCUGGAAUGGAAAUGAAUGGGGAACAUGGUAUUGCUACUAUUUUGUUUAUACUAAUAAGCUCCUGGUACAAAAGAUACAUGGCCACAAGGGGAAAUUGGCUGGAUUCGCGUCGGGGACGCAAAGUUUUCUUGGCCAGUGCUUUUUCUUAUUUCAUGAGCAAGCAAAGUAAUUUCCAUCUUACCCUAUUUGUCUAGAUCCCAGGCUCUGCUGGUAUUGCUCAUCUUAGCCUGGUCCAUAGCCUAUGUCACUUAUGAAUUAAAGUAGCCCUGUUACCAAGAUAUUCGUGCUGUUUUAGGUCAAUUCUGUGCUUAAGUCGUUACUAAAAACCUUUACCCAUAUACAAAAUGCUCCUGUAAAGUAACGAAGGUGUCAAAAAAAUUUCGUCAAGGUGCUAGACGACAGGAAACACGGUUUUAAUGCCUCAAUGUGGUAGUAAAUAGCAAAAAUUUACCGUUAUUUUUGGAACUUAAGUCAUGAUUGACACAACUUUUAGCAUUUUAAAAAGACAGCAAAUACCGUAAAAAUACCAUAAUACAGCCCCUUUACCCUUGAAAAUAUUAUUUCAUUUUCGUCAGUGUUCCUUACUCACCCCUUGCUUGACAACCUAAAUGAGAGGGUUGUAAAUGGGCAUAAAAUUAAUACUAACAAUUUAAAAGAAAAAAAAAACUUCUCUUCUUUCCGGUUUAUCUUAUUUCUUGUUUAAAUUAUCAUAGAGAUUGUCUAAUUUGUACAUUUUAUUUCAGGAACUAAACUGAAACAGCGCUGUAAAAUUGAUAAAGAUGGCGUUCCCUAUUAUCUGGGUUCUCCUAACUGUACGUGCUAAACUUCAACUCUUUCUUGUGUUCAUUAAAUCCUGAUAAAUGUUUAAAGUCUUAAUUUCUCUUUGUAAAGUACCUCUCCAGCAACCUAAACACAUUGAAAUUGUGGCGGAUAGUGAUAUCUAAAUAAAUGUUAAGUGCCUUAAAUAAUACUUAAAUUUAUGGAAUUAUAAAUUAAAAGCAAAACAAAGGCCUCCUAAAUUUAUAAAGUUAGUAAAAAAAAUUGAGUUUUUUUGUAAAAGCUGUCGUAGUUUUGCCUAUGCUGUAGUUAAACCAGUAUUGAGCCCAGUUUAAUUCAGAAUGUCUUUUUUUUCGUGGCUCUAAUCGUUCACAGGAGACAAAUGAAAUUCUGGUUUAACCCGAGAAGGGACUUUACCUUCAACAUCUAUACACUUAAAAUCAUUUUAAAGAAUCGUUUAAGUAACUAAGAGAAACAGCUAUUAUUUUUCCUUACAUAACUUACUGUACCCUGGGUACCAGAGGUGUUUUCUCGCUUGCGACGGGGAGCUUCCUUCCGUCGGCCGCAGGCCGACACGUGUUCGGCCGAAGGCCGAAGACACGAGCGACGAAGCCGAAGACUUGACCGAAACCGGAACUCGCGCAUGAAAAGCCUCUGGCACCCAGGGUAAACUUACUGAUUCUUACUUUACUGUAUAGGGAUCGACUUGGAAAACAUAAGUGCUCAAGCAGAGGCAAUUUUCGGAGGUUCCAUGUAAGACCUUCCUUUUGUUCUUUUUUCCCUUACCUAAAAUCCAAUCCACAGUUUCGACAUUAGUCCUGAACAACAGUUUCUCUAGGACAAAUUUCCCCGGGCUCCACAAAAUUAGGGGUGGAAAUGUGUUCGUGUAUUGGCUAGUGGUGAAGCGAUAAAGUACGACGUAGCUCAAUUAAUAAUGUUCCUUCGUAGGAGGUAAGUGGGUUCGAUUUAUGGUUACACUUUUGCGAUUCCAAGCCUUAAAAGUUAUAUUAUGUAACAGCGUUUUGAGGAAAAGUAUCGCUGGACAGGUUUAAACUUUAAAGACAUAACAUGUAACGUAACAUAACUUAACAUCUGCCUCGCACCCAGACGUCUCCCUGUAGAUGAAAAUGGGCGCACAAAGGAAGGCGGGAAGGAGACCACGGACUUCGCCUGCCGUCUGUACCCUUCUCAUGGUCCCUUGCGGCUCAUCACCAGUCGUUCGCAUCUACCUUGCGAAAAACGAAGCGCCUGAGGAGGAGGCUGACUUAGCGUUAUACUCCUUUCAAAAUUUUCAUGUUUACUCGGGUUCCAUUUUCUUCUAGGGGCCUUGAGGAGAUAGAUCUUGAUCUUGAUGGUCAGGGAGGGCGUACGUUUCUGCGUGUGCUGCUUUACUUGUGCAUGCACGAUUAUCCCCCGCUUGUCACUGGCGCACUACAGCUCCUUUUUAGACACUUUAGUCAGAGACAAGAGGUGCUACAAGCCUUUAAACAGGUUAGUGAGUAUAUGAAUACAACAACUAGAAAAGCAUGGGCUCAAAACAUGCGCUACAGGAUUGAGACAGCUAGUUGAUGCUCGUGAUCAUCCAGUGCCAUUACAACGUGAUGAAUAAGUUAGCAAAACAUAAAAAGGAUUCCACAAAAAUUCGAGAAGAAAGAAAAAUGGAUCCGAGAAGUAAGAAAAACUACGGCAAUAUAUGAAAAGCCCUGAAAUCUAAAGAAGUGCCCCGCAGAACACGUGCUUCACAGAGUAAGGUCGCUGGCCGCAUUGGCUAAAGUUUCACCUUGCCUGAAAUAAAUUUAACCAUAUUAAUAGCUGUUUAGUGAAGUAAACUUUGAUAAAAAGGUUUCCAGAACUUCGAAAUCACAGAUGAACUUGUUACACAAUUGAUGAGGGACAUAAGCACGUCAGUAAAAAGCUGUAAAACUUGACGGACAGGCUGUUUUGUAGAACUUGACUAGCAGUUAGUAGAACUCGAUGAACAAGUAAGUAAAACUUGGUACACAGUGUUACUUGACAAAAAGGUCAGGAAAAACUUGAUUAACAGGUCAAAUUACCGCCUUUCCUGGUUCACGAUAACGGCGCUAUUAAACGUUAAAGUGCUACUGGGACGAAAAUGUUUAUUUUUAUUUAAAACCUUUUUUUUUCAACAGGCCCAAAAUUGUUCGCCGGACUAGACAUCUUUCGCUGAAAACUGCGCAAAAACUGCGUACCAUCAGUCAGUUCACAAAACGAAAGCCCGCGAUAAUUUAUUCAAGCGGCUUCACCUUUUAGCACGUGAUUUCCUGUUUGUGACGUAGAUGCCUCAACCAUUUUCUCUUCUCCUGAUAGGUUCAGCUACUAGUAUCCAAUAGUGACGUGGAAAACUAUAAACAGAUCAAAUCAGACUUGGAUGAACUACGGCUUCUGGUGGAAAAAUCUGAGCUGUGGGUUUACAAGAGCAAGAAGGACCUUCCUUCUGAGAGAGGGGUUAAAAAGAUAACUCCCGGUCUAGUAGGACUACGAAAGGAUGGAGGGAGCAGCAAGGAACCUGAAUCUACGCCCCGGAAAGACAGCUUGGAACAGGAAAGCGUUACCGGGAAUGCUUCCCAGGAUCCGCACAGCAGCGACAGUGAAGGCGGACCAAGCACUAAGGUCAGUUAUGAGUCCUGGGCCAUGUUCACGCUGUACCGGAUAGCUCUUUCGCCGGCAUUGAAACCAUCCCGGAUAUAGGGCUUCUGUUUACAAAUAAGAACGGCGAUAUCAGCGCGAUUUCUGAAACGCUGCGACGCUGCGUCAGUUGACGACGGCGCGCGCAAAUCAAACAUCUGGCUUGACCGAUGGCGGAACGGCAAAUUGGGCACCGGAAGUCGAGUUUUAGUCCUUUUUGCGCGCUUUCCUGUUGUCAAAUUACGUUCCCGUUCUGUUGCUAAAUAAGUAAGCACUGGAAUGUAGUGCGGCACCAAACCCUCUCCUGCCACAUGCUGUUAUAUCUAUAUGUUAGUGGAUUAUAAUUUGGUUUUCCACGCAGUCUCCACCAUCAUCACACCGCCAUUAUCACCUAUUUAUUUAUGUGGUAUAUUACUAUAAUAUGCAUUCUAGUUUGCCGUGUUGCUUUGUACAUGUUAUCUUGUUUAUGCCUGCCUCAACAAUCUAUACAAAAAUCUAAUAAGUGUCUCAAUUAUCUUCCCUUUGUUUGAUUUUGAUUUUUUAGCCUGAACGCCAGAGGAUUGUCAGCGAUGGCUCAUUAGAAUUAGAUUUUGAACACUCGGACACGAUGUCACUGAAAAAUUACAAGAAAACAGAAGCGGUAGGAAGUAUGAACGGAGAUGGUUACCGGUCAUUUCGCCCCCAAGUCAUCCCUUUCCCGGUUACUAAGCCCCCCUUUCGAGUCAUUUAGUGCGUUUCAAAUAUAAUAUUCCUCGUUCUAUAGGCCAUAAAGCAAAACAAGCGCACUUCAAGUAUAAUAUCCCUCGUUCUAUAGGGUAUAAAGCAAAACAAGCGCGCUUUUGCCUUCAAAUGUAAUAUUCCUCGUUCUUUAAGCCAUAAACCAAAACAAGCAAGCUUCAACUUUGAUAUUACAUUCUCGUUCUAAAAUAGGGGGCUACGUAACUUGGGCGAAAUGGCCGUAAAGCACGGAGAUGUGGUUUUAACUGUCACCUCUCUCUGCCAAAGAUUAGCGAAGCAAAAGACAGAAAUACGUCUUGAGUUCUCAGGUUAAUUAAACACUUUUGAUUUUCAAGCCAAAGAGUGGUAAAGAAUAACAGAAGGAUGGUAAAUGUUAAGCUCGGUGAAUUAAUGUCAUGACAUAUAUUAGUUAUGUCACGAGGAUUCGAUCCGAGGGAAUCCUAGCGGAGUGGCGUUUUUGCGUGAUAACCAGAGAGGUGCGGGGAAACUCUAAAGGCCAUAUACUGGGCUUUAUCAACUCUUCUGAGAUUCCCCUGACUACAGUUUAACAGUAUCUAGGUGAAACCUGGUCUAUUUGUGUGAUACUUUCUGAGGCUUUAUCUCCACUUUACCCAUAUCGCUGCUUCUUUGUCAACAGAUCCUUGAGAGACUGAGCAGUCUUUGCGUAUCUCAUGCACCAAGCGGCAAAAAGAAUCGUAAACACGAGCAAAGAUUAUUGAGAAAUAUGGGUGCUCACACGGUGGUGCUGGAACUGCUACAGAUACCCUACGAAAAGGUAGUAUUUUUCAAAUAUGCUCCAUUUCGUCUUAAUUGACUAAAAAUUGACUCUUCCUAUCCUACAAUCGGCGACAAAAUUGUUGGGAUAUUUUUUCCCAGAUGAGGUACUUUGAAGAACAAAACAAUCUGCACCCUCCCCUCUCUCCUUCAUUCUACGUUCGGGGUGUUCGUUGUUUCUUACAGGUAGUUCGUAUAACGGCACAAGGUUGCAUAAAGGGGGUGGGGAAGGGAAAGCUUCUUAUCCCCUUUUGAAGUUGAUCAAACGUCACAAAGGCCCUUAAAGGCAAAGUAUCUCAACUAAUUUUGUUGCCGAUUGUAGCUAUUCUUUGAAGCUUCUUUGUAGUGUCUGGGAAAUUUCUUAAUUUGUCAGCUGUGGCUGAUUUUCGUCUAGUAAGAAAAAAGAAUAUGUGUAAGUCCAAGAGUGACAAACAUCAAUUUUCUCAAAGCAAUCUCUAUUCCACGGUCAAGAUAAAAGGUUGUGAGAGUUAAUAAAAUGAUCACCAAAGAUAAAUUGCUUUGAUCUUUUAUCAAAUGCUCUACUUAUUCUUUAUGGUAAUGUAUAGAGACCAGUUUGGAGAAUUUGUCUGUGGAUAUUGGGGCUUAAAGGCUAAAGCACCUUAUUUGCCCCUCUAUCUUUCUUUAGAACGAGGAUCUGAGGAUGGAGCAGAUUAUGUCCCAGGCUCACGAGUUCCUACGGAACUUCUGUCUUAGCAAUCCACAAAACCAAGCCUUACUCCACAAGCAUCUGGACUUGUUUCUAACCCCAGGGGUAAGUUCGUUAAUCUCUUGUUUCCUAACGGAUGGGUUUAUAGGACAGAGCCCCUGUUGUUUACCCUAUGGGUAAGGUUUAAUUCUAUGGAGCUGAUUUCGACCCAGUUUUCUACGCGUGCGCGCAAUAGCCAAUGACAGAAGCGAUAGCCUCUCCAAACAGCCCCAUAAUGCAAUUUGACAUACAUAGCACCUGACUAGUUGUAAGCGCAGCCUAAAUUAGCCAAUAGGGAGCUUACGCAACAACGACGGCAACGCUGAACGGCUGUGAAAAUGUCACUUUUAAAAAAAGUGAAUUCGCGCUGCUUCAAACUUUACGGUGCUUAUCCCAUCUCGUUCAAUUCGUCAAACGCUGGCAAACUUUUCCAGAGCUGAAUUCUAAAAGACUGUAUCGAAGAUCGGAAAAAGAAAAACGAAGUCGUUGCCUUGUUUUCAAGUUCUCCAGAAAAUGUAAAAUUAGGCAUUUCCACGUCGUAGUCGUGAACUGACGGCAAAGAAGUGUACAAAGAAGCGUGAAAAGCACGUGCAAAGUUGUUGUUUUGCUUAUCUAAUUCUGUUGCUCUUUUGCCGUUCUCGCUGCCAUCCCCGUCGUCGUUGCUUAAAUUUCCUAAGAGGCAUGGGAAAGAGGAGAGUUGAAAUUUGUGAAAUCUGCAAACCUCUCUUGCUCCAAACAACUUGUCUUCUUUUUUUUUCCUCUCACAUUUUAUGUAAUUUUGUUCUUUAUCCCAGCUGAAGGAAGCACACACAUUAAGAUACGUUUUCAUGGAGAACUCAGUUCUAUGCUACGAUGUCACGGAGAAAGUUGUUCAACACAUUGUGCACUGCAUAGAGACGCAAGGUCGCCAUGUUGAAUAUCUGAAAGUUUUACAAACUUUGGUGAAGGCUGAAGGACAGUCCAUUAGAAAAACACAGGACAUGGUGAUGGCUGAGGUACGUUACAACUUCCGUGAUCACGAAUUUCGUUUUGAAAAAUGGUUAAAAGAAAGGUGGCGAUGAGAAGGUACUAAUGAAUGAUUGUUAAUCUGGUCUUUUCGAGAAGACUCAAUUACACCACACUGCUAGAACUUUUUACUUUACUUUAUUCUUUUCAUUGGUUUCAUCAUUGCCACAAAACUUAACCCUGUUAACUUUAACGAACACAGGCAAUUUUUCAAACUGAAAUAUUGUAAUUCAGGCGACGAUGACGAGAGCCGAUACGACACCGAAUGUGUAAACUUAUAACCUCGCUAAUGUUAGCUAAAUAAAUACCGAAAUAAAUAAAUAAUGAUUUAAAGGCAGCAGAUCCACUUAUCUAACUGAUUCCUGGUCGAAUUGGAAUUUGGAAAUGUUGAUUUUUAAGGAGGGGGAAAUCGGAGUACACGACGAAAAACCUCUUGGGGCAGAUGAGAGAACCAACAACAAACUCAACCAAAAUAUGGCGUCAACGUCUGGAUUUGAUCUGGGGCGACAUUGGUAGGAGGCGAGCGAUCUCACCACUACACCACCCCUCCGCCACCCGUUAUCUCCGCGCGUGCAGUGCAGUCAAACAGUUCUCCUACAGUACAGAUAAGAUGAUGGGCGGAAGAUCAAGCUUGAUCUUGACACUUCCUUUGUACAAACAAAUUUCAGUAAAAAGAAUAUCAGAAUUGUACCUCACCGAGUUUAACUUCUUCUUUUUUGUUCUCUUCAUAGUUAGUAAAUGUGGGCGAAGAAGUUCUGGUAUUUUACAGUGACCCACAGUCUUUUAACUCGCUUGUGGAAAUGAUGCAGUCUGAAAGAGAGAGACAGGACCAAUCAGGACCUCUCUUGUAUCAUAUCAACUUAGUAGAACUGCUGGCCUGUUGUACCGAGGGCAAAAAUGUGUACACGGAAAUCAAGUGCCACAGUCUACUUCCGUUGGACGACAUUGUGCGAGUUGUUACACAUCCUGAUUGUAUUUCUGAGGUAAGAGAAAUUUUCGGGUGAAUAGCUCAGGGAGACUGAAAACAUAGUCAAUCAAAUGUAACGGAAAAAUGUCUUUGAGCCAGUUGAUAUUGUUGAACCGAUACUUGGUAUCAGCACUCAGAGUAACUGUCCGAACAAAAAAGAGGAAGUGGGUUAUACCCUUAACUAGGCUCUUUUAGGAUCUAUGAUACAAACGACCUAACUGCAAGAUCUUCUAACUGAUUUUGGUAUUACAUGCAUAACAGAGGAGAAUGGUCUAUUAAUAUUUUCGCGUAAUUUAUGUUUGACCGGGAACGAUUAGUUUGCCUUAUGAACAACGUGUUUAAAUAUGGCUCAUAAAACAAUGGUCACUCUGCAAGGCGGGGUAUGUUAAAGAUAAAAGACAUAUUCGUUGUAGUUAAUUGCAUUAUUAUCUUGCUCUCAAGCUCCCAGAAGGCACUUUUAUUCCUUCCUCGUUUUACCCUGGAAACUAAGUUAUUUUUGUAAUCUCUGCCCAGGUGAAAAAUUCUUACGUCAACUUUCUGAAUCAUUGUUAUGUUGACACUGAGGUGGAAAUGAAGGAAAUUUACACCAGCAAUCACAUCUGGACCUUGUUUGAAGAUUUCUUAGUGGACAUGGCCCGGGUAAGAAUUAUUACCUUUUAAAAUACAGUUCCAGUUCCUUCGCAACAUUUCUGGUCUUGAGCGUUAGAAGGCUGCGUACUGGGGAUGAGAAAUUCUUUCUUAAAGGGGCUACAGCUUCUUCACGAGGAUUUUGCUGUUUUAGGUCAAUUCACCGACCGAAAACGGUAACCGCGUAUGAAAAGUCUUUGGCAAUGUGGCACCCAGGUUAUAUUUGUCCAUAUUUAAGUUAGAAUAAAAGAUACAAUACGAUUCUUUUCGAACUAUAUGUCGAGCGUUUACGCCGAAACAUAUCUUGCUCUGGUAUUUUUCAGGUUUGUAACAACACUUUGGAUCGAUAUCACGCUGACACCAUGCUGGAAAAAUACGCGACAGAAACCAUCAUGAACUUACUUACUUUCUUCUUCAACUCUCCCUUCUCUGAUUCCAGUACUACCAUUAAGGUAAUAAUAAAUUAAAUGGUUACACAGUUUCUUGGAAUUAAUUUUUGUAGUAAGGUACCACAAUAAAUUGUAUUAAUGUUGUUGAUCUACCUUGUCACUGGGAUCAAACGACGUUAUAAAACAUACACUCGAAGCUCCCGUAAAAAGCGACCAGACAAAAUGCAAAGAUUUAGUGCUCGCUUACGGGAGGCGGACUCUUAAGAGAAUCGAACUACAGAGGUCUCUUCCGAGAAACAUUCCUUGCACAUCUACUUUUUGGAAAAGAAUUAGUUGCAUGCAGUUUCUAAGUUAUGAUAUAUGCAGUGGCCUCCAAAUGUUUUUCGCACAUAUUGAGUAGCAUAGCACGUACAACAAACAAAUAUCAGACCAUGUGUCAAGUGUUCGCUUUCAAGGGGUUAAAAACAAUGGAAAUUUACGAAAAGAGCUGAUCAUUUACGAAAGGUUCCAAUUACAGGACUUUGACUAGGAAAAGUUUGAUAUUUUGAAUAAGUGGUCCCUUACGAGAGGCUAUCGCAUAUGGAAAGUCGACUGUGUGUUUUGAAUUUAUGAAGUAGGUAAUCAUCAUUUAAUCAGAGACAUGAGGAACUGAUGCUAAUAAAGUUAAAUUUCUGUUCUUGUUCUUCUUUAGUCGCGGCAACCUGUGUUUGUUCGUCUACUCCGUGGAGCAUUUCGUCUCUCUCAGUGUUCUUGGAUGUCAGGAUCACAGAAAUACCACGUGGAAACGUGCAUCAAGACGCUAUCCGAUGUGGGUUAGUAGAUCUUGCUUCUUUAGGGCGAAGAACCGCUUAGUCAAUCUUAGUUGUGCGACAUGCGGUUUUCUUUAGGGGGCUGCAGAGGAGACUUACGCAUGAUGGCAGUAGAAAAAAUCCGCAAUUUUUAGUGACAAUGUAUUUCAGUAGCACGAAAGUACUAAUUGGGGACACUAUUCUUCUUAUGGAGACGGGACCGCCAUUUUACAUUGUCAUCCGAGCCGCGCGAAGGUCUAGCCGUUUGCAGGCAAAGGAAGUUCCUUUAUUUCUCAGUUGUUUUAAGCCCCUCACGGUGCCUGAGUAUUGGUCUGGCCCCCCGGAAUCGAACCAGCGACCUUGCUCUGCAGUCAGGUGCUCCACAGGAUUAGCUCAUCCUCUUCACCCUCUUCUUUCCUUUUCACCUUCGGACAGGUGUUUUUUGCCUGAUUGAAAUUUCUAUGACUGUUUGUUCCUCAAAUGUUAACCGCCCAAAAGCAGUAGCCUGUGUACAGACGCCCCCUCCCCUAAGAAAAAAUCGGGAGGAGGGGAGGGGAGGGGGCGUCUGAACACAAGCCCCAGCAGCAGCAGUCUUAUAACUUGUGGCCUUAAUUUUUAAUACCAACCUACACAUUCUCUAAACUAUUCUGUUAACUUUUGUUUUUAUGCUGUUGAUUAGAAGAAUUUAGUAAGAAAGUGGUGAAUAAGCAAAGUUUGUUGUUUUUAGCGAGGAAUCGUGGGAUUGCAGUUCCAGCAGACCUUGAGAGCCAAAUACAAGCGCUGUUCACUCGGUCCCAGUUGGUGAUGAAACACACUCGGCAAUGGCUGAGUCACGGCAAGGUCCGCCGGGACUCUAUGAUGAACCUGUCAAGGGACUAUAGGAGCAUUAUUGAAGGGCUCCAGGUGAGAUUCACAAACGAACACUUAAUACAUUCAAAAUAAAAUACUCUCGGCCGUGGCUGGGGCACGGUAAGGUCCGAACCUGUCUAGGGACUGUAGGAGCAUAAUUGAGGGGUUCCAGGUGAGAAAUUCUAACGUCACGUCAUCCUCAGAGUUACAGUUACCUCGUACAGUUCAAACUCAAAGAGAAAAACGUUAUAAAAGGAAGUUAUAACCACCUCGUAUAAUGUGGUAAACAACACUACAGAAAAGUUCAGCUCAGAAGCUGUCAGUUGUAAGGCCUCAUCUCAGGCGAUUCCUAUUACUAGUUUAAUACUGACUCAAAUAUAACAAACAGCAGCAAAGAAUUAGAAACAUUAUUGUGUCUCUUUGCCUUGCAGGAUAUCGUUUCACUGCUGGAGGACCAGCUUCGUCCUCUUGUCCAAUCAGAGUUCUCCGUACUGGGAGACGUUCUCUAUCGGCCAGAACUCAUGUUUCCUCGGCAGUCUGGGGCCUGGAGCAAGUCCAAAUCGGGUGGCUUCGUCUCAAGGUAGACUUUAAGAUCGAACGUUUAUUCUUUGUGCUGAGUGGCAUAGUUUUGUUUUUACUUAUAUUCAAAGAGUUGAGUGUUUAUCCAUAGUACCCUUCCUCGCUUAGCCUUCUUCGCAGACCCUCUGUCUUCUCUUUAGGGAUUUUCGAGUGCGCGUAUGAAAAUAAAACCACCGGGGAUUUAUUGACCGGCAGCGUAAGGGAAUCGCUUUCGUACGCCGACAAAAAAAUAAAUGUGGCUGUGAACAGGCUAUUCAUCGCUCAAACAACACCAAACUGAAAAGUAGAAAGAAGUUUUGAAAGUCAUAUUACUUUACAAAAUAUUUUUUUCCCAGUUGGGUCCUUCCCCCAAAAAAACGAAACACAUGUCGGUCUUCCGAACAUAGUUCUUGCGUCGGGGUCGUCUAGUUCAAGAAGAAAACAUAAAUCGGUGUUCCCGUAAAAAUUAAAAAUUGGUUUCAGAGGACAGGUUAGUUCAAACUGGAACAGAAUAAUUUUUUCUUUCUUUCUUCUUCCUAUUUUUUUUCAAACCAAUUUCAAAAUGCUUCUUCGUGUAAAGCAGACGUGGAUAAGCCCAGGAAGCCGUAGUCUCGACAGUCGACGUAAAAACCGGAUAACCACUACACUACGAAACCGGAUACACUAUUAAUGUUGGGAAAAUAAGUUUAAAUAGGCUCCACCCGCUCUUGCAUUGGUAAUAGGGCUCCGCAACGCGUGAAGAUAACAGGAUGAGAGGUACGGCAAUACUUUUUCAUAUCUCCCAAAAAAAAACAUUUUCUAUGGCAUUCUCGCUCGUUUUCAUGUCGUAGCCUCGUUUUCAGCCUCGUUUUCGUAGCCUCGUUUUUCUCGUUUUCUCGUUCCAGUUCACUUCCGAGAAUAGGAAGAGGGUAAUCGAGAGUAAUUCUGUGAUUGUUUUUUUUUUUCUGUACACAAUUUCCUUUGCUUGGUGGCGGCGCAAAUAGCCAUUUGUAAACGGACGAUACCGUUUUUUAGCGUUUUUAAGAUAGUUGCAACAUUUUUGCACUCUUAUGGAAAUUCUCCUAAAAAGAAGACCUUAACAGACUGCCCUUCUGCACGCUAAUCUGUAAUAAUAAUAAUAAUAAUAAUAAUAAUAAAUAAUCGUCAACAUCAUAAUCGUCAUCAUCAUCAUCGAGUGUCGCCCAUUACUCAUAUGUCAAUAAAAAAUGAGCCUGGCUCUUUCACUAAACGUUUUACGCAGAUUUACUUUAGAUCUAAACGUCGAUGAUCCAUAUUUAUUUUUUUAAUAGAAGAAUCAAAUAAUUUUUCCAGAGAAUAUAUGUGUUACCAGACAUGCAUAACAUCUUAUCCUGGUUUCUACUGAUGACAUCGGCCGUUCGUAAAAGAAGCAUAGGUUGUAGCGGCGGCGGCUGAUCAGCAUCAAAUUUCUCGUUGUAAAAUUACUACUUUAUAAAACAGUGUGAUCAUGAGAAUUAAGGUGAUGACCAUAGACGAUGAAUUAGAUUGAUACUUCAACAACUUCUUCCCUCUACUUCUGUGGGAAAUGUGUGAGGGCACCAAAUGAGAAGUCACAUUUUGAUCUGUCCAUUUCAUUCAGGCUGAUAACUCACGCUAAACAGCUGCUUGAAGACAACGAGGAGACGUUGUGUGUACGAGUCCUGCAGACAAUCAAGGGGAUGAUGGCACGAGACAUUGACUUUGGAGACAAGGUACGAAAUAACAAAGCUUUGAUGUUUCCUGUAGUCUAUGUUCACGCAUACAGACGUAAGUGUUUACCGCUGUCCACACAAGAACAGCUACUAAUUUAUUCACUCGAUGCUCACGAGUUUAAGCCGACGUCUAGCAAUAGCAGACGUAUUUCCGGUCGUGGCUUCUCUCCCUCCGGAAAUACGUCUGCAGUUCGCAGGCUAGGUGACGUCUGUACGUGAGGAACAACAUUGGGGAACUUAAGCGAAGGCGUUUUUGAGAGACGCACGUCAACCGGAAGUAGACUUUUUACAUUCCUGAGCAGUGGUUUUGCCCAAGUUUUCAGUUAAAUCGUCUCUACAAGUGUAAAGAAACUAAGCAAUACAAAUUUUAUAGCGUCACGGCAUAUUAAAAGGGAAAAGUCCUCACUUCCGGUUGACGUGCAAGUAGUCAAAGGAGCGACGGAGUUUAAGCGGCGACGUUUUUUGGACGACCCAUGUCAACCGGAAGUGGAUUGUUUACACUCUUGAGCCGUGAUUUUGAACAAAUAUUUGGGCAGAUCUUCUUUUUAAGAGUAAAAACAGUUCGCAAUACAAAUAAGGAAGCGUCAAGACACAUUAAAAGAGAAAAAGGCUCACUUCCGGUCGACGUGCAUCGCUCAAAAACGUCGCUGCUUAAACUCCCUGAUAGGGCGGUUAAGCAACCGCGACGACGGCAACAAGAGCGUCUUUUGCUAAGAAGCAAUAAGUAAAAUAGGGAAAACAACCCUGCACGUGCAGCACAGUUUUUGGUACAUUUCUUUGACAUCCACUACACGGCUACGAGGUGAAACCUCUUUAUGUGACGCGGUUUUAUAGAGGACGUGAACAUACAAAGACUUUUAGAACUUGGAUGUGGUCCUCAAGAAUUCAGCUCCAGGAAAAUUCGUCAAAUCGAGCGAGGCUAAGUGAACGCAGUUGCUUUUGAUUUUCUGACAGGAUGUCGCGAAUUCAAAAUAUGCGCGUAGCGUCAUAGAACCUUGCAAACUUCGUUUGUAUCGUGGUCGAUUUGGUUAAACAUUCGGAAUUUGAUCUCUAAUCUCUUGCAGUGGUCCGACUACCCAUUCCUUGACCGCCCCUCGGGGCUGGUUUUUAGUGAGUGCUUGUCGCUUGGGCCGUGGUUAGUCUGGUAUACUUUAAAGCUUGUAGGCAAAGUGCAGCUGAACAAGAUCUAGUAGAGGCCAAGGGUUGACCACACCACAAAUCAAUUUUCCAUAAUUGAUCCCCUACUCUAGACCCAAACGUCUAUACCCUAUCCCAAACUAAACUACUUAAAAACCGCUCCCCAUACAGCGGCACACACCCAUAUAGCUUUUAUAUGACCCCAGUAUCCUCCAACUUGGCCCAUCCGUUUAAACCGCAAUUUUGAUUAUUAUCAAAUUUCUCCUUUAAAUGUAAGUGGUUAAAUAAUCAGGAAGGAAAUGAGAAUUAAGAAAAUGAUCACUCAGAUUUAAUUAGCUGGAUAUUUUACCAAAUUCCUAUCCACUUUUAUGAGAAACAUAUGGGACAAGAAGAAAGAAUUUACAUUUUAAUACUGGGGAUUAAAGGGUUUGCUCCGUUGUUACUUUUUUUCAGGGUGAAGCAUUGCGUUCAUCACUGUUAAGCCGCUACUUUGGCUCAAACUAUUACUUCGCGAUAACAAGAGACGCAACCAGCAAAACUAACCCAGAUGGCACAAGUAGGAAAACCGGAAGUCAGCUGGUCAACUCGGGGCCUGGUGCUGAGAUGUUAUCGCGCGCGGGCGUCACGCUUUGCGAGAUGCAGGGUCUGUUGGAUAAGUGUGGAGCCUCGGAUCUGAUUAUUGACCUCAUCAUGAUGCGUCCAAACCACAGAGUGUUUCUAGAGAUUCUAGAAUUUGCCAUCGCCCUUCUAGAAGGAGGAAACAAUUGCAUUCAGGUGGAUGAUCUCUAAAGCUUUUAACGUUUUUAUUGGAUAAAUUUUCUUGCCAAUGAUUAAAGAGGACACGUCACGCUGUAUGCUAUGUUUAUAAAGCUAUCACUGAAUUCCAAGAACAAAAUGUGCAGUUCUGUUACUUAAGACUUCAUUUAGGCGUUGAAAUUGUUUCCCGUCGUUAAUUGGAAUGGAUAGCAAGGAUGGACAUGACUUAAAACUUAAAAAGCUGGGCCAACUUUUUCAAGUUUUGAUGGUACGCCUGCAAAAAAUUACCAAACAAAUUAUCAUGAUUCGUGCCCCCCGAUGACAGUUUUUUUUAUAUGUUUUUCAUAACUCUCAAGAGAGUGUUUAUGUACUUCCUGCCCCCUCCUUUUGGAACCACUUUUCUUUCACACCAUAUUGUUAUGAUCCUUGUACAAAAACAUUCAAACUUCUUGAAAUUAAUUUUUUUUCGUAGAAAUCUUUUCUCCAGCGAUUUGGGAACGGUAAAUGCGAAGAAUUCUUCAGAUACAUUUAUGACAAAAUGACAGAUGCCGAGGCUGAAAUUCGUGCGACCAUCACAGUUCAAACGACAGAAUCAUCUGCUGCUAAGAAGAGCGAGAAAGACACUUCACACGGAAGAAUGUGCGACACGCGGAGAUGCACUGUGAUUGGAGGACGGAGGGACACUCUAGUUACAGGUAAGCGGUUACUUAGCUAUGAAACUUUUGACUAAAUCACAAAAACCACAAUUGCAAUCCGUUUCAAUCUACUUCAAGAUUGUCCAUCCGCGCUUCCUUUUAAAUUUGCUGGGUGAUUUAUAUCUUUUUCUAACUUUUUCAGUGUUUAUUUUAAUAUUUCACUCAAUUUGGUUGCACUUUUCUUGGUUUUAAUUAUGAUAAAUUUCGUGACAUAGCUCCUUUGAUCGUUGCAGUUUCCAGUUUCUUGUACAUCCUCGUGUAGUGGUGAAUUUAAUGCUUACUUAUCGAUAAGCGCACAGACUCUGAUUUAGAAUUCCCACAAUGUCACCAAAGUUAAUGUUUUUAUUCAGGUUUAACAUCACAGUUCUUUUCCUUUCCACACAACGUCGUUAUCAUGUACAUUUCUUAAUUGCUUUGCACAGUUAUUUUGUCGCCAUUCAGCCAGACAGACUGAAUUUUAAAAAAAUCAAAGAAAAACAUGUUUUAGGAAUCGUUGGCAUCUUCCGUUAGGUUCUUAAUGAUAAGAUGUCUACAGUGUGCAGGUCUCUUGUGUCCCUAAAGCGAGGUUAACCCUUAAAGCUCCAAAAUACAAAUACAAAUACAAAUUCUCCAGACUGAUCCCCAUACAUUUCCUUGAAUUGGUUAAGAGAAUUUGUUUGCAUAUCAAAGCGUUUCCCAUCAGGUGAUUAUUUUAUUAAUUCUCACAACAUUUUCCUUUCAUUAUGUAUUGAUUUUGUUGGGAGAAAACCGACUUUGGUCACUCUUGGGACUUAAAGGCUUAACCUUGUUUGAAAGCUUUUCUCCGAGUGUCCGUAAAUCGGAUUCCGUUGUAUGUUACUGUCGGGAGACAGGCUACACGUGUGACGUUAUGUGGCUCGCGGCUCAGUAUCUCAGUUUGUUUCAGGGGCUGAACAUCUUCGUUGCGGAGUGGAACGUGCUCUCUAAGGCCAGGGUCAAAUGUCGAACUUAAUAAGGGACGAAUCGAAUGCUUAUGAUCGAGAGCAAUAGAUUUUGCUUAUUUUCAUUAGGUUCGGCAUACGUGAAGUUUGACCUUUGGUCUGGGCGUAACUUAGAGAUGAAGAAUCGCGUUUACGCCCAGCGCCAAACUUUAGUUUGGACCACGUAACCAAGUUUUUCCUUUAUUUAUCGUUUACUGUUCAUUUUGUCUACUCAAAAAUCUAAAGGUGCUCGCCAGUUUCAUUUAUGAGAACUGUUUUGGACAGUUUUUGUUUUCUUAUUUCCUAUUUUGAGAAAUUUCUCUCCCAAUAAUGGGAUUGGUUUUGUGCAGAAAAAACUGUCAUUGAACGUUUUUUGUUUGUUACCCUAUUAAAAAAGCUGACUAUUUUUUUUCUUUUUUCAGGUUCUUUACUAGGUAUCAGCGACGACGUGAAAGAACAAUUAUCCGAUGCCGCUACACACACUAGCAAGGCCUACGCCGCCGUGAGAAGGGGUCGAGACCCGGAUGCUGAGGCGGAACCUUCAAGACACCUGCCCAGUCCCUCUCUGUUAGGAGCUGAUAUGCAGAGCACGUCAGGAAAACAGGAAGUAAAGACCAUGUCUCCUGAAGUUCUGGUCAUGAAACCCAUUCUUAGAUUCCUUCAGCUUCUUUGCGAGAAUCACAACAGAGACCUUCAAGUAAGUUUGGGAUGCUUGCAAGGAGAAUUUUCGUGCUAAUUUUCUGCAAUUUCUCAGUUAUAUUGCUAAUUCUUCUUAUUCUCAUUAUUUUUCUCCAGAACUACAUUCGCAAACAAGAUCACAGUAAGGUCAAUUACAACUUGGUUCAUGAAACGCUACAGUUUCUUGACUGCAUCUGCGGGAGCACUUCCGGUGGCCUGGGCUUGCUCGGUCUGUAUAUUAAUGAAACCAACGUGGGACUCAUCAACCAGUGCCUUGAGAGUUUGACUGAAUACUGUCAGGGACCUUGUCACGAAAAUCAGGUGCGUGACACAUUGUUUCAGUGUUGCAAAACUUCUAUCGCUAAUUAGCAGUGAGGGUAUUUUUGUGGUUCAUGUUGCAUACUAGCGUACUAUUCUCUGAAACUUGAGAAAUUACUAAACAACAGAACUUUUGUUUUUGUGAUAAACUCUGAAAAACUGUUAGGCUGACAAGUUUUCAAAAACCUCAAUUGUAAUUCGUUUUAAUCUUCUUCAAGUUUGUCCAUCCGUGCCUCCAUUUGUACUUGCUGUGUUAUUUAUACUCCGGGGGGGGUACUUUAGGAAUUUCUGGGUGGGGAUGUGCCGCUGGGACCCUGGAACCCUGGAACCCUUAACCUAUACCGGAGCUAGUUCAGCUGAAUUUUGCUACCCUAUACUAGAGUAAACUCCCCAAAUCCCCUCUAUCCUAGAGUAGCUGUUUCAACACAACUGAUCAGUUUCCUGAAAAAUGAUACCCUAUUCUGGACCCAAACGCUCUGAUUUAUAUACCCUAUCCCAGAGUAAACUGCUUGAAAACCAUACCCUUCACAGCGGCACAUAGUACCUAUAUAGCCUAUAUAUGGCUUUUUUACCCCCCGGUUUAUACUCCUUUUUAACGUCUUGAGCGGUUAUUAAACUCAGUUUGGUGCCAGUUCCCUCUCUUUGAAUUUGGCAAAAUUUCAUGACACCUCUGAUAACUUGUUGUUGUUGUUGUCCUUUCAGUCUGCUAUCGCCCUUCACGAGUCAAAUGGAAUCGACAUCGUCAUCGCUUUAGUUUUAAACGAUAUUAAUCCACUUGGCAAACAGCGGAUGGACUUAGUGUUGGAACUUAAGGUUCGUAAAGCUGUUGUUUCGUUACGCAUGUUCAACUCUUCCCGCUGUAGCAAAAUUUGGCGCUGCAAAAAUAGGUUUUGCAGCUUUUAAGAGCCGUUAGUAUUAGCUUUGUGAGACAUGUGUUUUCAGCUGGCUAACUUCGAUUUUAUUGAUCAUAUUUUUUUGUAUGUUUGAUGUUCAGUUUUUCUUUGUUGUUUUUAUCUAACAACCACAAACAAGCAAAACAGACCAACAAACAAACAAAAAACUUCUCUUCCCAGCGCGUGGGAAGAGAAUGUUUGUAUUCCUACACGCUGGAGCUUGCCUGCCUUGUGAACACUGUGAUAGUUUUAUGCACAUGGUAGCCAGCUUUUCAUCAACACACUGCGGGUGUAUUACAGUUUUCUUUAAGGAGGUUUUAUUUUCUUCUGAAAAAAAUGCCAGUAACUUCUUCGUUUUAACGAGCAUCAUUUAAUUAAGUUUUUUUAAUUGUUUUUCAGAACAAUGCAUCUAAAACGCUUCUAGCGAUAAUGGAAAGCCGACACGACACGGAGAAUGCCGAGCGCAUUCUUUACAACAUGACUCCACAACAGCUAGUAGACGUCUGCAUCCAGGCUUAUAAUCAGGAAGAUCUAGAAGACGAGAAUGAAUGUGAAGUUUCAUGUAGGGAUGUCGGUCAUAACAUCUAUAUUCUUGCGCAUCAGGUAUGGUUUUGUUUGGAAAGUUGGAGAAAUUGUAGUUUAUAGGCCGAUUCCAAGUUCCAAAAACUCUUACUUUCAAAACGAGGCUAAGGGCAAAAUCGUUCGUAUGAAAAUGUCUUUUAUUUGUAUGAGAAUAAAAAAAUCGUUUUCAUAUCAAUAGCUUUGCAUUUAGCCUCGCUUUGAAAGAGAUGGUUCGGGCGAUUUGUACGCAAGUACCAAUUGAGAACAUGGAGACGGGAUCGCCAUUUCUACGUGGUCUUCCAAGCCACACGCAGGUCAAGCCGUUUGCAAAGCAAGGGCAGUACUGUAUCUUCUUCCACUGUUGUUUUAAGACCCUGAGUAUUGGUCCGGUUCCGCGAACCGAACUCGCGACGUCCCGCUCUACAGGCCAGUGGUUUACCGACUGAGCUAAUCCUGCUGUGGUCUUGUUGGCUUUUUAAUCGCAAUUUUUUUGUUAUUUCAAAAACAAAGGCCUGCAUUUCUUGAAGUGUUGAGGGUUUUUUCGUCUAUUUGCCUUGCCAAACAUCAAAAACAAAGUUAAUCUGUGAUUUGCCCCCUCUUGUUUUCGCCUUAUUAUGUUUGACUCUACCUGUUCAAGAGCACACAAAGUUUAAGUUUCUCGAUGAUAUCCCGACUUUUUGCUUGUACAGGCCACUUUCAGCGGCACAAAUGACCUCUUAAGAAAGCUUCUAUUUAGAAUGGCCUUCUUUCUAGUCGUUGACUGUUUUCAUAGUUGUGUUCCUUCGCCGUCUCGAUUGCAGUGCCGUUUCAGUUGAAUUAUUCAGAUAUUGAUGGAGAAUGCUGAAUAAUGCUGUGAAAUAGGUACUCAGAAAACAGGAGAGGAAUUUUUCAUUUUUUGCUUACUUCAGUUUUUCCCUCUUUUGUGUUUUUAGCUUUCACAACAAAACAAGGAGAUGGCAACUCUACUUAAACCGAGCCCGCCGUCCGAUGCUGAAGAAGGCAGAAGCGAUGGUGCCCUGGAAUACUACGCAAAACAUACGGCGCAGGUCGAGGUAAAAGGCAUUCCUUAUUGUGAAAGUUUGUUUAACGACGUUUUAUCCCCGCCUAGGAAAAGACUAUUUUGUUCAUUUGGCAUGCCUGAACUUCGCCCUGAGAGUAAAUAUGGCUAUAUUUUCUCUCCUGCUACUACAUUUCCCAACAAAAUUUAUUAGUAUUAUGAAAUAAUCGUUUUAAUUUGCGGAAAAAACUAUCAGAUAUUGCUAAAUGAAAAUCUUAAUUAUUAGUAAAUGCUUACGAGGCCAUUGGGUAUUUUUUCCCUUUUUUCGUUUCCACGUCUCAACGCCUUCGUAUCGUCUGUUCAGAGAUAUGUCCAGGGUCGAACGCUUUGACAGCCAUCACGAAGUGUCCCCGUGGAAAAAAAAAAUUAUGAUAGUUCCAAAAAUUCUCCCUUUUAAAACGAUGCUAAGUGUGAAACCUUUCUCGUUAGAGAGAGUUUUAUUUGCGUGAGAGUGAAAACUCAUUUUCAUAUCAAUGGUUUCGCACUUAGCCUCGCUUUGAAACAGAGGCUUGGGGCAAAAUCGGUCAAAUAUGACAAAAUCAGUUGCAUUUGAAGUACUUUUACGACUACGUCUGCGUUCAAUCCUUGACAUCAGUGUCUGCUUAGCAAUGCGUUCAGUUAUCAUAUUUUAAUAGUUGUUUAAAUUUUUCCUUCAGAUUGUUCGCCGAGAUCGUACUAUGGAACAAAUUGUUUUUCCAGUACCGAACAUCUGUGAAUAUCUGAUCGCUGAAAGCAAAGUUAAUGUGUAUCAAACCUGUGAGAGAGAUGAUCAGAACAGUAAGGUAACUUAUUUCAUUUGUUAACAGGCCGGGAGAUUCCGUUUGUAAGAACUUUUUUGCCACAGAUAUAUUAUUGUAACUUUUAACUUUGUAAUUUUGCUUUAUUAUGCAUGUAUUUUAUUAUAACAGUUUUAACUUGAGAGGGCGGUGUUACAGUGAUAUUGGCAUCCCCGCGUUUUGAACAUCCCCAUUCCCAAAACCAUUGUAAUAUGGGCAUCCCUUUAGCGAUUUGGGUUAGGGUUAGGGUUACAGGGGAUGCCCAUGUCACUAGGGUUUUGGGAAUGGGGUACUCAAAUCACUUUAACAGCGGUGUCGCGCAUUCGCCACUUUAGAAACGAUAAGGGACCUGCCCGAGUUAACUUUUGCCAAGACUUCUGAGAGUGUGACCGGGGACAAUGGAAAUAAUUAACCAAUAGCGAACCGGCGCGUCCCCGGUAACCAUCCCAGAAACAAUUGCGGGACACGUGUCGGCUCCAGUCCCCCUCUCGUAUUGUGUCCCGUUCGUACCAACCUUUUCAGUUAUAAACGUUUUCCAUUUUAUGAUAAUUAAGGAUUUAUUUUUUGCCUAUUUAUUAUUUUUCGUAUUGCAUUUAUGCAUUGGACCUAAGAUUUACCACAUGAAGUUGAUAGAAACAGUCAGGUUCUAACGUUAUUUUGUUUUCAUUUUCAGGUUUCAGAUUUUUUUGAUCGAACAGAGGGACUGUUUCGGGAAAUGCAGUGGCAGAAGAAGCUAAGAGGUAUCAAAACUGAUCUGGAAAACAAUUUUUGCAAUCCUGAGACAGCGUCUUUGAAAGUCAAGCUGUUGAAAAGUUUCUGUCGAAUGCGUGUUUCCGCCAAUGAAGGUUUUUUGUUUGCGUUCGGCAAUACGUCUUGACUUGGGAAUCGUAGCUUGAGAAAACAGCCGACAUUUCGUGACGCCACCCACCACUGGUUUCCUGGCAAAAUAGGGACUUUAAGAUCCAACGACGCGACGGCAAUGAGAACGUCGCUUAAAAAGUGAAUUUGCGUUCUUUCAUUCUUUAUCGCAAUUAUUCCUACCCACUUACUUUGUCAAAUGUAGGCGAACCCUCCUGGAGUUGAAUUCCUAGGCACCAUACACAAGUACAGAAAAAGAAAUAAAAUUUCGUCGCUGCUUGUUUACGUCCUCCAUAAAACGCGAAAUUAGGCAUGUUUACGUCGUAGUCGUGCAAAAACGGGCAGAGAAAUGUAUAAAAAAGCGUGGUGCACGUGCAAAGUUGUUGUUUUGCAAAUAAAACCUAUUGUUUUUUUGACGUUCUCGUUACCGUCCGCGUCGUUGGAUCUUAGGGCCUGUUUACAUGGAGGUGGGGGACCCCAGGUAGGUGAGGUAACCCGCUUAGGUGGGGUAACCCGCCUGUCCAUAUAAUCUCUCAUUUUCAUUUGAUCACGUUUACAUGAUAGGUGGGGUGACCCGCCAAGGCGGGUAGCCCGGUCUACCAGACCGGGUUACCCUCUCAGCCGGGGUCACAAUUUGUCAUGUAAACGUUUCAAGGUGGGGUAACCCGCCUGGCCGGGGUCGGAUUCGUGAUACAUCAAAUUCGCGCAAAAUUCACUUUCGCGGUGUCUUUGCAUUAUGAUUAAAGUUAACAGUAGAAAGCUAUUGCACUGACGGGUUGCAGCAAGAGCAACAAGUGAGUGAAAAAGUGCAUUAAUCGCCAAAACUCGUGGUUUGCCAGCAUUUUUCUUGUUUACGUGCUUAGCGACCAUUCAAUAAUCUUGAGAAAGUGCACCCCGGGAAGGCGGGGUUGUAAGAUUGCAUGUAAAGGCGGGUUAUUUUUUUACCUCACCUAAGCGGGUUACCUCACCUACCUGGGAUCCCCCACCUCCAUGUAAACAGGCCCUUAAAGUCCCUAAUGACGCCUGAGAAACGAGUGCAGAAAUUCCAUACUGAUGACGCGUCACUACCCAGAAACAAACGAACGAAAACAAUCGUAACUUGGGUACCUGCGUUUUCUCGCAUCGUUUGUGUGUUGUCCUUCCUUCCUUCCUUGGACUGCUGGGCCGAGUUAUUCAAAGCUGGGUUAAGAUAAUCCAGGGUUAGUUCGAAAUUUGAACUCGGAUAUGAAAGCUUAAAAAGCAAAUUCAUCGUAAUUCUUUUUGUCAACAAUUUGAUGAUUGGCUACUCUAAAAAGAAUAGAGAAAAUUGUCCAAGAAAAUGCUCUUGAUGAAAAGAAAAAGACACCGGGGUUAAAAUUUAACCCUGGGUUAGCGCUAAUCGGCCUUCGAACAACUGGGCCUGUUGCUUAUUACCUGCCAUUUACGUUUUGAAUUAGUUCUGAUCCAGUAGUUUAUUGUGUUAUUUUAGUUUACGCUUUCUCUAUGUACUAAAAGGUUCUGUAACCUUCUUGACUGUUACGUCAACAAAACCGAAAGUCUGUUUUUCUUGUAUCCUGUAACUAACGUUUUUCACUGUUUCUUGCAGAGAGCCGGUUUCUGUUCGGCGUGAGCAGCCGGAUGACGUUAUGGGAACAAAUUUCCAUCAACUUUGCAGUGCUUAUUAAUCUGCUUGUUGCCUUCUUUUAUCCUUUUUCGGACGGCCCCGGUGGUAAGAAACUCUUAGAAAUUAUCUCAGUAGAUUGUCAAAAUUGUUUUCCCUCUCUGAAGUGCUUUUUAUUGUGCUGUGCACCUAGCUCACGCCUGUCCUCCUCUGGCGCGCGCGCAUCCCUUAUCUCGCUUCCCAUAUUUCUUGUUCUCGUUCCUCGCGCGCAUCGGUUAUCUCGUUUUCCAUAUUUCUUUUUUCGUUCCUCGCGCGCAUCGGUUAUCUCGCGUCCCAUAUCUCUUAGGCUUCUCAACGCAGGCUUUAGCUUUUGCAUCUGUAAAAGACCAUUAAAGGGAAAGUUAAAGAGUGGUACUCUUCUGUGGUUCUGGGCCCGGUUCCUAGAAAGAUGGUUAAGUUUAACCCAGGAUUAAGCGAAAUUUUUAACCACGGUUUUCUUGCUAAGAGAAUGUAACUCAAUCUCACAAAAUACAGUUGAGCUUUUACUCUGAGACAGCUUUUACACCUGAGGAUUUUAAAAAUCCUGACAGAAGUUCACAAGUGGUGAUGAGUGAGUUGAAGAGUUUCUGAUUUUGUUGAAAGCAGGAUGGUCAGAUAAAGCCACUGAGCUGAUCUUUCCUUUACUAUAUCAAGAUAUGUUAAUUUGCUAAGUGAUUACUCAAGAUUUACUUUCAACGAUUUUGUGUCUUCCGUUUCAGAUCUAGACUCUCGUUUGUCUGUGCUGGUUUGGCUGGCCAUGAUAGUGUCGUCUGUCAUUAUUGUUUCCUUUCCUCGGCCGUCAGGGAUCAGGACUUUCGUAGGCUCAACUAUUCUUAGACUUAUUUUUUCUCUUGGACUGGAACCCACUCUCAAGAUUUUAGGAUUAGCAAAUGUAAGAAAUUCUGCUGGAAUAAUAUUUAAUAGAACGGUUUUCAUUUGAGUCGAAUGUAAUUCAUAUUUUUUAGAAUAUGUUCACACCACUUUUUAAACCGGUUCGUGCCAAAACCAAAGUCUAUUUGUAUUUGAAUUACCCUAAGUUGCCGCUUGCAAGCCCUGGGAUUUUAUGUCUUCGUAAGGGGUUUAAGGAUGGCGGAAUAGUGAAAGCAGUGGCGGAUCUAGGGCAGGGGCCCGGGGGACCCCCCCUUAUUGUUAGGCCAAACUGAGGCCCGAAGGGCCGAAAAAAAAAUUUUGGAUGCUGCCCCCCUUAUGUAAGGGUCUGGAUAACCCCCCCUCCCCCGGUUUUGCUAAUAAUUAAGAUAAGCUUUUCUUACAAUUUUAAAUUUUCAGGUAAUUAUCAAAGCAAUAUUUAUAGUUAGUUAUGUUGGAAAUCGUGGUACAUUUGAACGCAAUAUUCACUGGCUGCUGUCAGAUCGAAAUCUAGUCCUCCAUCUCAUGUACUUCACCUUUGGAGUGCUUGGAUUCACAGUGCAUACCUUCUUCUACUCAAUAUUGGUAAGUGUUCGACCAAUGUUGGCAAGUGUUACACAAAUAUAGGAAGGUACAAUGCUGCAUGAAGAUAGGUAGUGCCUCUUGACUUCAAGAGUUGAGGAGUGAAAGACUUUAAGAAGGCGUAUACUAGUAAUAACUAAACCCUAGGGAGUGCGGACGAGAUCGAUGCGACAGAAAGGUCUUGCUCGAGCGCUGUGCUUUGCGUAAGUUUUACGAGAUAGAAGUUCAAAACGCGCGUGGUCAGAUUACGAGAGGUGGAAGGUCCAAACGCGCGUGAUCAGAUUGCGUUUUCAGCAUUCCAUUCACUGUUAGUGGGAGUUCAAAUGAAUGCUGUCUACAUACGUGCUGCGCAUGAAUAACAGCAACCUGGAGAUUAAUAUUGCGGGCUCCACAGGGCGCCCGCAAUAAAUUCUUGUCAAUACGGUACACAGUAGUGGUGUGAUAUGACCUAACAUUGACAAGUCUCCAUCAUCUUUUCUCUUCAGCUCUUAGAUGUGAUAUUUCGAGAAGACACCCUCUGGAACGUAAUUCAAAGCGUCACACGCAAUGGCCGUUCGAUCAUCUUGACCGCCAUCUUAGCCCUUAUUCUUGUCUACAUGUUCUCCAUCAUCGGGUUUCUGUUCCUGAAGGAUGAUUUCUUGGUCGAAACUGAACCUAAUCCCCGUCUUCACUUCGGUAAGUCCAGUCUUUAUUUUUCAGAAUCUAUCCACCAUACCACAUGGGUAGAAGGUUAGUUUGACCCUGUAAGCCUUAUUAUUAUUAUUAUUAUUAUUAUUAUUAUUAUUAUUAUUAUUAUUAUUACUAUUAUUAUUAUUAUUAUUAUUGUUAUUAUACACUGCGCUCACUGUCUGUCUUCUCAUUGGCUAGGAGCCCAGAGUUAAUUUUGAAAAUCAGCGCAACCUAUAAAUUAGUUAAUUAUUCACUAUAUUUGCUAGCAGAUAACUGACUGUUCUGAAGGUUGCAAUCGCAAUGCAUGGUUUCUAACAGUUGGUUGUUCAAACGCUAUAUAGUGCUACCCACUGGAUAAAUCACUAUCCAGUGGAUAAUUAUUACGGAAACCAAUUGAGCUAUCCAAGUGGGUUUUGAGCAACUGGGACCUGUGUUCCAUGCGAAAGUGUGUUUGUCGAUAUUUUCUUUUUAACAAGGUUUACGUUAUAUCCGGAGUGUUAUCAGUCUCAGCUGAGGUCUGCGAAGUAGCGCGGAGAUCUUUGUUCUGGGUCCCCAACGGACUGAACGAAUUAUUGGAAGUGUGUUUCGAAUUUCGCAUCAAACUGAUUGGCCAAUCGCAGAAUGUUUUUUUUAACGGGCCAAUCAUGGCACGUGCUCAACUCAUGGCACACAGCUAGGGGUACAGAACUAGGAUUUCAGCGCUAGUAACCAGAGCCUGGUAGUUCGAAGCUGGGUCAGGAUAACCCAGGGUUGGUACGAAAUUUGAACCCAGAUAUGAGAGCUAAAAAGCAAGUUAAGUUUAAUUCUCUUUGCCUACAAUUUGAUACUCUAAAAGGAAUGGAGAAAAUUAUCCGAGAGAGUGUUUUUGAUAAAAAGAAAUAGAAACCAGGGAUAAAAUUUAACCUUGGGUUAGCGCUAACCAGCGUUCGAACAACUGGGUGCAGAGGUUUAGUUUCGUCUGUGGCGCAGGUAGCCUACGAAAACAGCCAUCUCUCCACGCUCGCUUAACUUUCCUAGCGGGGAGCGACGGCUUUAUUUGCAGAAUAUUUCACAGGCUAGGAAGUUUGAGCGUGAUAAAAAUUAUGAAUGGACUCACGGAGUUACCUUUAAGCAUGAUUCGCAUUUUACAUAUUUUUCUGUCAUCUUUGCUUUUCAGAAUCCUCGCCACCAAACACAUGCUCUGCGGGUGAGAAGUCUUGUCAAGAAUCCUUGUCUCUUUCGCAAUUAAGUUCAGAAGAGGACAGUAGCAAGGAGCGCGCCUGUGACACUCUGCUUAUGUGCAUUGUAACCACGCUCAAUCAAGGGCUUAGAAAUGGUGGUGGUAUCGGGGACGUGCUCAGGCGACCCUCCAUGAAAGAGAACAUGUUCGUCGGUCGCGUUAUUUACGAUCUAUUAUUCUUCUUCGUCGUUAUUAUCAUCGUCCUUAAUCUUAUAUUCGGAGUAAUCAUCGAUACUUUUGCCGAUUUGAGAAGUGAAAAGCAGAACAAGGAAGAAGUCCUCAAGAACACUUGCUUUAUUUGUGGUAAGUCCCUUUCUAUUUAACCACAAAUUAUAAGUUAAAAGCAGAGGUGAACGCUUUCAAGCAAGAAGUUAUACCGAACUGCUAACUCCAAGUAGAAGCAAUUCGACUUGUUCACAAAAUCAUUUAUUAAUAACUUAAAUAAGGCUGCCCAAUCUCUUUAGCCCUCAAUGGUUAUUUUGGGCAGCCUGCACUCUGUCUAUUUUUAAUAGUAUUUUAGAUAUAUGUAUAAUUCAAUGUGGAGUACAAAUAAAGUUGUUGUUGUUGUUGUUUACUUUGUACUUGAAUAUCACAGCAAUUCAUUACUUGUCAUUUUGGCUUUGGAAAAUGUCAGUGGUCAAGACAAGUGACAGAAGCCUGUUUUCUGCAGAUAUCCUUAUCCGAGGAAGAAUUUCAAAGAUACAUUUUUUGACAAGUGCAGUUUACUAGUAAUGCCUGACCUAAAUUCGUUUCUUUAAGGCGGAGUUCUAAUCACUUUGUGACUUUGCAUUUCAGGUCUUGAUCGCUCAGCAUUUGACAACAAAGCGGUGUCCUUUGAUGAACACAUUAAUUCCGAACACAAUAUGUGGCAUUACUUGUACUUCAUAGUGCUGCUUAAAGUCAAAGACACGACCGAGUUUACUGGGCCUGAAAGCUACGUCAGUCUUAUGGUUAAGGUACGUCAUAGCUGAGUGUAGGUUUCGAAAAUGAGAUCCAGGCUCAACAAGAAUAACCUGAGAAAACAGCUGACAUUUCCUGACGACUCCACCACAGGUUUCCCGACGAAAUGACGUCUGAGAAACGAGCGGAGAAAUGCCAUACUGAUGACGGGUCACUACUCAGAUCUGGGUAGUGCUUUCGAUUGGUCAUAUCGCGUGGAAAUUUUGCUUCAACUAAUCAGAAGCACUGGCCAGAUCUGGGUGUUCACGCGUCAUCAUUGUGGAAUUUCUGCGCUUGUUUCUCAGACGUCAUUUCGCGGGGAAUCCAGUGGUGGCGUCGCGAAAAUGUCAGUUGUUUUCUCAGGCUACCUGGGUACCAGGCCCCAGGUGUUCAAGAGGUGGAUAACGCUAUCCACUGGGAUCCACUGGAUUAAUCUUUAUCCGGUAGAUAACGCAAUUGGUUUCUGUAACCACGUAUCCGCUGGAUAGUGAUUUAUCCGCUAGAUAAUACUAUCCAACGUUUCAACAACCGGGGCCUAGGGUUUAACCGAUAUUGUAUUCCCGUCCGGUCGACUUUUUACCAAAAGCCUUUGAGAAAAUCUCUCAUGUCGCGGUAAAUCUUCUUUUAAGCCUGCUUUGGUGCUUUAAUAAAAUACUCCUAAAGACGGUGUUCACUACACUACUCUGCUAACCCUGCUUUAAGAAUCAAACUAUUAAAAGAGGCCUUAAAUGUUGUUUUCUUAAGCUACGUGCAAACGGACGCAACAACUCCCAACGUUUUUGGUCCAACAUUGUUGUGAGUUGUUGCGUCCGUUUGCACGCGGCUGAACGUUUGACCGGUUUCAAACUUUGCGCAACAACACGCUGUAACAUGCAACAGGGCGUGCAAACCGGAGCAACAUGUAACAUCCAACAAUGUUGGGAGUUGUUGGCCAACAAUAAUGUUGCGGCCGUUUGCACGGGGCUUUAGAUGACUAACACUUUCUGUACACUCAUCAAAGUAUGGUGUGAAAACUCCCUGGAGGAACUCAAAUUCCUGUGAUUCCCCUCCUCAAAAAAAGGAAAAUGGUGAAUGAUGCCGUUGAUCGGCGAAAGCUUGGAUUGUAAUUUUAUUUAUUAAUCAGCAGUUUAAGGCCUCAUUAUAACAAUAUUUAAUAUAUAAGUCCAGUCUGGUCCUCGUUCUUUGCUAACAAAACUGCUUUUCGAUAAAUUGAAUAAGCCCACCCCCACCCCCACGGAGAAAUCGAAGACAAUGGUUAGGCAACUUUUUGGGGGUAAACAAGGUGCAUUAUUGUCUUUGUAAAAAUGGUGAAUUACCCAUGUCUAAUCGUCAGCAAUUCUUGUCUUGUUGUCAUUUCACGUUUGCGUCGUUUUGAAUAGGAUCAUGAUCUGGAAUGGUUUCCACGGAUGCGUGCAAUGAGUCUGGCAAUGGAUGAAGGAGAGAGCGAGCAAAACGAAAUGAGAAAUCUUCAGGAGAAGUUAGAGAGCACCACACGGUUGGUGUACACUUUAUCACAGCAACUGAAUGAACUCAAAGAACAGGUAAGACGCCAUCUUAUUGCCAUUUUUGUAGCUGGCGGGAUUGUUAUGCCCAGGGGACUUUUUGGACCCCUUUAAAUACAAGAUAGCAGGCUGCAUAGCUGGCGCAGGGAUACCAUCUUGGAUUUCAAAGGGUCCAGGUGACAAUGUCACUGUUAUUGGGUUGCCUGAGUGCUGGUUAAGUCUGUCUGCAAAACAGCACCGAAAUCCUUGUUGUAGGCCCCCGUCUGUGUACCAGGAUUUGAGUACGAGCCAUGAUUGGCCUGUUGAAAAAUCUAUUGUCAUUUUGCCAAUCAGGUUGAAGGAAAAUUCGAAACGUAUUUCCGGUAAUUCGUUGAGUCCACUGGGGGCCCAGAGCCAGGAUAUCGGCGCUACUUACCCGGGUUAGAUUAUGUCUACGACACAGGCUUGUUUUUAUUAACCCUUUAAACCCUAAAAUCAAAAUUCAAAUUAUCAUUUGUUAUCCCUGUGCGUUUUCAAUAGAAGUGGUGGGGAGAAUUUGUUGAAGUAUCAGUUAGAUUCAUCUAGUGUGAUCAUGUCCUUAAUUCUCAUGACCUCUCUGUUUUACAAAGCAUUGAUAUUACAAGGAGAAAUUUGAUGCUGAUCACUCUUAGGGCUUAAAGGGUUAACCUACUUAAAAACGUCUUUCACCUUCCUCAGAUGACGGAACAACGCAAGCAAAAACAGCGAAUUGGUUUACUGGGACCUCACUCCGUCAACAGUCUUACUACUAAUAACUUCAAGAUUUGAACACGUAGUGAGGAAGAGCGGAAGGGACUAUUGCUUUGGCCAUCGGACCACUCAGGAGUAAAUGGCAAUACCUCAGCUCCUGUUGUUAGGCGAUUCUACCAGGUUGUUCAGUCAAUGGUGGUGGCUCUUCACCAAGUUAUCAGAUCGAAAAAUGAGAAAAAUAACUUUUCUUCCGUGAAAGGACAAACUAGAGACAAUCCUUUAGCGUAUAAACUGUAAAGUCGGGUUUCCGCCCUACUUACUCUGCUUAAAGUCAUCUGUCAGUGAGCAACUACAACUAUUUAGUAGGAAAUCAUGCCAGGGAUUUAAUGGUCAGGAACCAAAGUUUUGAACAGUGAAAAUAUUAACCGUGUAGCACUAAAGUUCUCACUCGAGAAAGACUCUGCAUGAAUGGAAUAAGGUCUUUGUUGAGCAUGCCUUGUAUGUUGCUAGGAUACAGUUUCGAACCCAGGCCUAAUUCCCGUGCGCUUUGAUACUGGGGCUCAAUAUGACCAUCGAUUUAUUGCGUUCGACUUUAGGAGAACGCAACACCUAAUCUUGGGACUCCUUUGGUGCUCAAGGGUGACCUUUUUGGUACUCAUUUCGUCGUACGUCUGCAUUUUCUGCGCCAUCUUGAAUAAUUAAUCUUGUGGGCACAAAAAUGCCAAAUACAAUUAAUUUAACGUCGGCCGUAGCAAUGAUUGCGUGGCGCAAUGGACAAUGCGUUGCCCUUCCACGUCGAAGGUCUUGGGUUCGACUCCUGCCGGGUGAGACUUGUUUUCUUUUUUUCGUACUCGUUUUGUUUUGUUUUGUUUUGCAGCAUCUAUUUAUUAGGAAAUAACGUCACAUUUGACCGUAAACCUAAAAAAGCUCGAACGCACUUCCUAAUCUGAGAUUACUACUAGUCAAUAAAACGGAUGCUCGGACUCUAUAAACCAGUUUGAUGAGAGAAAAAAAGAUUGAUUACAGUGGCGGAUCCAGAC